AUGCCUUCAUUUUUUAUUCAGUUUUCAGUUCCUGGAAGUAGUUUAGUGUUAUCACCAGAACUUCAUGUUACUGUUUUGGGUUACAAUGGAGUUAUGGAUUGUGGGACUGUUCAGGUAUCGGUUACUGCAUUAUUCUACAGAGGUCAGUGGUAUCAAAUGAAAAGUUAGGGAUUAAAUAUAUACUAUCAAAGAAUACACUGUUAUAGUAAAUAGUUUACACAAUUGUCCUAGCAUUGCAUAUAGCAGUACCAGUAUGCAUCUAAUUUCAUUCGUAUGAAUUGUGAAAUUACUGUACUAUUAACAGUCUGUAAUAAUACCCUGCAUGGCUUGGCCAGAACUAGAAUCGCCGUGGUGGGAUCCAAAUCAGCCUCUUCAACACAAAAUAUCUUAAAUUAAAUAAAAGGGGAAUAUAUAUAACCCGGUUACAAAUCUGCACUGCGCGACCAACUUCCUAUUUCUCUAUAUCCGUCUCAGAAUGACUUCAAAAAGUUAUCUGUGGUCACUGGUGUGUCAUCUUCAUAUCUAUGGUCAGCUUUACUGUAGCUAAAGACCGAAAGCCUUUAAAACUAUACGGACUAAUUUCUAUAGGUGCUGGUUGAAGGUUGUUUGGUCACCCAAGACAAUGUUGAAUUAUUUUUGUCAUCAGUUUAUGAACAACUACAGCAGAUGGAGAACAAGAAUGCCGGUGUAGUGCAAACCACUAAUUAUCAGGUAUAAAAUGGGGAGGAUAAUUGGUGUAUUUUCUAAUGCUGAUAAGAAGGCUUUCUCCAGAACAGAAAAUAUGGCGGUUGAUGACUGGUUGAACAAUAUUAGAUACAAUACUUCAUGAAAUGAUACCUCAAUUGGAUUAUACCUAGCUGUAUCAUACCAUUAGGGGCCAACCAUUAGAUUUUGAGGGAAGGGGUGGGCGUCAACCGUUUCUUGAAGGCAGGUCUUUUCCUGUAAGUACACCUGUAAACGUCAAAUGGCUCGCCCGUAGUAAAAUUGUGGUAACAAGAAUCAAAAUUUAACAAAUCAGCUAGAGAUAGGGUUUAUAUUGUUGAUGAAGGGUUUUGUAUAGAUUGAAAUUUGGAGUGUGAAUUUUAUACAUUGAUUAGACCUAACCAGGAACAACUGCGCGAAAUGCAACUAUAAACUCACUAGCUGGAAUUGAACCUGCGGCCCUGCGAUUCCAGUGCAGCGGUCUAAUGCCAAAAAUCCUGAUAUUUAUAUCGUUGGUAUACCUAUUAGGAGUAUCUUGUCAUAUAUACUAACAGAUUCACAUAAAGUGUCAAAAACGGCAUGAAAGCUGGAGCUUAAAAUGGCAAAUAUUACAUGGUCUUAUUUUUAACAAGUUUCGGUAAUGAAUUUGAGAUACAUUCAUAAUAUUUGCAGCUUAUUGAUGUUCAUAUUAUUUUAGAAUUGUGAAGGAAAGCAGUUACAUAGUCAUGUAACAUCGGAAUUGUCAAUCGUUGCAAUGUUAAAAAUGUCAAUUUUGGCUUUAGAACUUCUCCCUGGUAGUGCUAGCGGAGGUACGUUACUUUUGUUUGACAUUUUUCAUUCAGUUCCCUCUUGUUAGAGUCACGUGAGUAUAUAAUCUAUGGCGCGGAUACCAAAGUGCAGGUAGUUACAUCCCUACCAACGAAAGCUUGUUCAUCAUAUGAAUUAUAGUUUCUAUGUAUUUUGUGUUCAGGUAUUGUUAUCAUAAGUGAUGGAGUUUUUGGUCUACCAAAUGCCGCUAUGGUUCAUGCAUUGCUCGCUCAACUGAGAUCUCAUACUGUUUGCUGUUCAUUUGUUAAAGUUGGCAGUCCUUUCCAAGCACAGUGCAGGUACAUCAAGUCCUACUUUGGGCUGGUAACUCGCCUAAACCUGCCGUGAGAUAAUGCGAGUUAAGCGAUUUUAGACGAUUUAAGCAAAAACUGCAACUUUUAAGCAAUGCAAGUUUGGGCGCGCGAUAUAGGGCGAUUUAAUAUCCCUGAGUAGGCCUUACAUCAUGUCAUGUAAGUUUAAAUACCUGUAACAAGCUUUGUAAGCAUUUUGUUAAAUGAUUUGUAAGUAUAGGUAAUAAUAUGCAUGGCUUCGAGUGCAAUUUGGAAAAAACAUGCACGAAUGAGUUUUUCAACGACUUUCAAAAUUGUACGAGUCCGAAGGACGAGUGCUAUUUGAAGUUUUAGAAAAGCUCACGAGUGUAUGUUUGUUUUUCAAAUUUCACGAGAAACCAUACUAUAACUUAUUAAUAAUACACAUGAAAAAAUUAUGCAGUCUGGUGGGUAAGUCACAUUUACAAAUUAAGAAAUUUGAAAAAUAAAAAAAUAAGAAACAGUUCUUUUUUUUGCACUGUAUUUCAUUCAAAAAAAUUGCACUGUUCUUAUAGCCAAUCAGAAUUGGGAAAUUUUUUCAUGUAUAUUAUUAGGGCAGAAACAGUUGUUCUGGGUGAGGAGCUUUCUGCUUUUUUUGCCAUCAUGUAUAUUUGUUCACUUACAUUUCACCAGAUCUAUAUCUAUGUUGUUUAAAAUCAUUUUUUAAUAAUAACAUAAGACAUUAUAUUUUCCAGUUUUUUUUUAUUCGUGAACUCGAACUCAAAGUGAACUUGUUGUGUCUAAAUUUCACGAGAAACAUCCUAUUACAUAUUAAUAAUAUACAUAAAAAUGUUCGAGACAAUUGUAGUUUUAACUCCACUCUUACAGCGAACCGUCCACUGACAACGUUUUCCUGCUUUGUUAUAAGUAAAACAUUUUAUAACGCUAUAACUGUUUGAAAAUUUCACUCAACUAUCAGCUAUGUCGUGAACAAGUGUCUUGUUGUUGGCCAGCGACUUUGUUCCUUAUAAAAUGUCAUUUCGCACGACUUUUUGCACGAGUUCCUGCUUGUCGCUUUUGCAUUGCUCAUUUUGCCUUUCGGGACAUUACUGUAGUUUGCCAUUGUUGCUGCUUGUACGGCAUCUCCAUCAACCUUGCCGUCUUCAUUUUAUUAAGUCGUUAUCAAAGAUACCGUAGUACCGUAGUACUAUAGUAUUUCUUUGCUUUCUCUCAUAUUAUUUAUUUCUAUUUUCACGUGCUGUGUAGUUUUGGUUACAUUCCUAACACUGACCUCAUGAAGUUUCUUGCUAAUGCCACGUCAGGAGCCUAUCUAUCCAAAGCACCUUGUGUAAGUAAUACAAGUAAUGAAUAUAAUGUGAAUUGCCUGGCUGAUGUGCACGACAAAGCAAGCAAGAGUGAACCAUUUACUGUACAUGUAUCUGAUAUCAUCAUUGUUUUUCCCUCAAGAAUUGAUCGUGGCAAAACAUUCGAUAUACAGUGUACCACUUUUGCAAGCAGAUUAAAUCGUCCACUGAGGCAAAUCAUUUGUGGCAAAAAUAGCUUUUUUCUUGGGUUUAAAUUAUAACAACCCAUGUACAGCUCUAUUAUUAUACAUUGUAAUAAUUACAUGUAUUGGUCAAUAGUUUACAGCUAAAUAUGGAAAUUACGCAACCUACAGUCAACAGUGUUAUCAACUUCGUUCCCAGGGUCUUACCUUCGCCAGCGGGGGGUUACGAGGUUGUUAUCUGCUAGCAGACAACACUGUUGACUGUAGGUUGAGCCAGCGGUACCGGAUUUCAUAGCAAUUGGAUGCUUUAUACACGCAUACAUGUACGCAGACGAAUAAAACGGGGUUUUUUUUGCUUGCAAAAAAACCCAGACUUUUUUAACGUUUUUAUCGGAACUUUAGUAGGUAAAUGAGUUCCUUAAUAUGUUGUGCUGUUAUUGUGAUAAUUUUAAUUUGUUUUCAAAACAACUACGGUAUUAAAGCUUUGUGUUGUGACACGAAUCAUUGUUUGUCGAGGGUGUUUAAUGAAAAUGCAAUUUUUGGUAAAACAGUUAUUGAAUUCAGUUUUUGUGAUAUCCGGAAUUAUCAAGGUCUUAGUGAGUGUUGCAAUACAAUUGCUGUACCUCGACCUUACACUGAGAAAUUUAAAUAGUUUUUAAAUAGUAAGAUAAAUUAAUCUCACUGUUUCGAUGCUGUAGGUGAACGAGUUGUCAUCUGAUGGUUCUGUUAAUGAAGGUGAGAAAUGAACAUGAUAUAUAGAUGUCAAUGAACUGUUAAACUACGCGCAUUGGAUCACACUAAUUCUUAAAGUAUUUUUAGAUUAUUCCUUUUUAAUCAAAAUCAAAAAGCAAAAAAGUGAAUGUCAAUGCAUGUCUAACAUAGACACUUCCCGAAUUUUCUGUUUGGCAAUGAAAACUACUUAUUGACCAGGGAUAACGUUGUCCGCCUCGAUUUCAACCUAUUUUUUUCGUGUGCACUCGAGCAAAUUUGGAAAACGACGUGAAUACACGCUAACAGAAAAGUACUUCAUGGAGAUGUCAGCUUAGGGGCCUUGUUAUUGCCAACUUAAUUAUAUAAGAUACUUUGAAAAUAGCUCGGACUGUAUGGUUUCGGUAAAAGUGUCAGUGAUAUAUAUAAUGUCGUGUAUGUUUCGCGCAUCCCAGCCCCUUCUCUAACCCUACUGUGCGCGGAACAUGAGGAAACCAUCCUAUUACGUAUUAAUAAUAUACAUUGUAGUUUUGACUCCCGUCUUACAGCGAAACGUUGAAAAUAUUACUCAAUUAUGUGGUUGUGUUACUCUUGUGUAAGAUAAAGUCUUCAUUUUAAGAAAAAGACAGAAACCAUAAGCCAACUCAACUUUUACUUCUUGUAGCGUGGCCGCCAUAUUUGUUUUGUUGUUUUGAAGCAAUCUGUGGCCGGUCACUUGGGGACUGCUUUUAAGCUGAUUGGUUUACUUUAGAUCCCAUUGUUUAUCCACCAAUCGGAUUAGUUUGUGGUAAAGAUUUUUUGCACGGUUACAGAAUUUUGCACUGUUGUUACAGAAUUUUGCACUGUUGUUACAGAAUGUACAGGGUGUAUAAAAAAAAACUGAACAGAUUUGAAAUUGCUCUCAAUUUCGCAAAACACCUAUUUGUAUCCGAUUUUUUAUAUAUAUAUAGCUUCUUUGGGUACUUAUAAUGUAGAAUAAUGAAAAAAAUUUCUUGAACUCAAUUUUUGUGAACCAGGGUGUGUGUCUUUUCCAACAAACUAAAAAUGGUUCGCGCACAAAAUUUAAAAGUUGUAAUCAUAUUUUGAGUUAAUAGAUGGAAACUUUGUUGGGUUUUUAAUUACUGUACAAAAUUUCAGAAAAUUAGGUUUAGUCUAAGCCUUUAACUAUUCACGCAAAGUUACAUUUUUCGUAAAAAUCGGCUAUUUGCAUGCUUAAUUAAUGCCUUUGCCUAAUUUGCAUAUGUUUAGCAAUAUGCAAAUUAGGUAAAUGCAUUAAUUAAGCAUGCGAAAGGCUGAUUUUUUAGAAUAAAAUGAAUGUUAAAGGGCUUAAACUCAACCAAAUUGUCUGAAAUUUUGUACAGUAAUUAAAAACGCGACAAAGUUUCCAUCUAUUAACUCAAAAUAUGAACACAGCUUUUACAUUUUGUGCGCGAGCCAUUUUUAGUUUGUUGGAAAAGACACCCCUGGUUCACAAAAUUCGAGUUUGAGAAUUUUUUUUCAUUAUUUUACAUUAUAAGUACCCAAAGAAGCUAUAAGGGUGUAUAAAAAAACUGAACAGAUUUGAAAUUGCUCUCAAUUUCGCAAAACACCUAUUUGUAUCCGUUUUUUUAUAUAAUAAUAUACAUAAAGAUAUUACUCGACUGUGAUUGGUUGAUUUCAGUGCAGUUAAUCCCAAACAGCAGUGAAAUUUUCUGUAAUCACAGUGCAAUUUUUUGUAAUCACAGUGCAAAAAUCUGUAACAAACUGAUCUGAAAGGUGGAAAAAGAUUGUGAUGAUUAAAUCACAGAGUAGAGACAUACAGAGCUGUAACUGACCGUCGUAAACACUGCGGAAGCUUACGUUUUCAUAUACCCAUUUUUUUCAGGCGACCGGGCAAAAAAUGAUCAACUGCGCGUGCUCAGCAAGUUUAAAGUGAGUCGUCAUCAGGUCGUCAUCCAAUCAGAUGCAUGCAUCUAGUAACUUGCCGAGCAUGCGCACAAAAAAGUGGGUACACUAGUUACAACUCUGUAUGUCUCUCCUCUGUGAUUAAAUCAACCAAUCAGUUUAAAGCAAUUUAGUUUAAAGAAGUAACGGUCACAGAUUGCUUCAAAACAAAACAAACAUGGCGCCGCGCUACACAAAGUAAAAGUUGCCUUCGCGUGGAAAAUAUGGCUUUUAUCUUUAUUUUUAAAUGGAAAAGCAUUUACCUUAAUAAGUUAAAACUACAAUUGUCUCGAACAUUUUUAUGUAAAUUAUUAAUAAGUAAUAGCAUGGUUUCUUGUGAACUCGUGAGUUUUUUUUUCACUCGUGCAUGUUAUAUCCAAAUUGCACUCGAAGCCAUGCUAUUACCUAUACUUACACUGUUGUUACAGAAUGUUGCACUGUUGUUACAGAAUGUUGCACUGUUGUUACAGAAUGUUACACUGUUGUUACAGAAUGUUGCACUGUUGUUACAGAAUGUUACACUGUUGUUACAGAAUGUUGCACUCUUGUUACAGAAUGUUACACUGUUGUUCAGUACAGAAUGUUUCACUGUUGUUACAGAAUGUUGCACUGUUGUUACAGAAUGUUGCACUGUUGUUACAGAAUGUUGCACUGUUGUUACAGAAUGUUACACUGUUGUUACAGAAUGUUGCACUGUUGUUACAGAAUGUUACACUGUUGUUACAGAAUGUUGCAUUGUUGUUACAGAAUGUUGCACUGUUGUUACAGAAUGUUGCACUGUUGUUACAGAAUGUUGCAUUUUUGUUACAGAAUGUUACACUGUUGUUACAGAAUGUUACACUGUUGUUACAGAAUGUUACACUGUUGUUACAGAAUGUUGCACUGUUGUUACAGAAUGUUACACUGUUGUUACAGAAUGUUGCAUUGUUGUUACAGAAUGUUGCACUGUUGUUACAGAAUGUUGCACUGUUGUGACAGAAUGUUGCAUUCUUGUUACAGAAUGUUACACUGUUGUUACAGAAUGUUACACUGUUGUUACAGAAUGUUGCACUGUUGUUACAGAAUGUUGCACUGUUGUUACAGAAUGUUACACUGUUGUUACAGAAUGUUGCACUGUUGUUACAGAAUGUUGCACUGUUGUUACAGAAUGUUACACUGUUGUUACAGAAUGUUGCAUUGUUGUUACAGAAUGUUGCACUGUUGUUACAGAAUGUUGCACUGUUGUUACAGAAUGUUGCAUUCUUGUUACAGAAUGUUACACUGUUGUUACAGAAUGUUGCACUGUUGUUACAGAAUGUUGCACUGUUGUUACAGAAUGUUGCACUGUUGUUACAGAAUGUUGCACUGUUGUUACAGAAUGUUGCAUUCUUGUUACAGAAUGUUGCACUGUUUUUUUGCACUGCAGGUGUUUGGGAUUAACUGCACUGAAAUCAACCAAUCAAAUUUUUAUAUGUAUUAUAUGAACUACUGUAUUUCCUGCUUGCAUCGUUCUAUUAUUUUUACCUCUAGACCUUCCUCCAAUGAAUUUUUACCACAAGGCAUUUUUAUGUUGGAGUUUUCAGUGGGAGUAUGACUUGAGCAAAAUCAAUUCUUGGGAAGGUAAGAGUCACACAAUACGAUACGUUAUUUUUACGGAACUGCAUGUAUAUUUAAUUGUACAUUUUAGUUGUUUAUUAAUAUACAAUUACUUUAUGGUUUCCGUGUUUGGAUGGCCUGAUCCAAACACGCGGGAAUGUUGCGAGAGUUAAGAAAAGCGAGCGAAAUCACGAGCCGAAGGCGAGUGAUUUUGCUCGCUUUUCUUAACUCGAGCAACAUUCCCAAGUGUUUGGAUCAGGCCAUCCAAAUACGGAAACCAUAAAGUAAUUGUUUUAUAAAAUAACAACAACACGAUAGUCUCCGUGUUUGGAUGGCCUGAUCCAAACACGGGUUUCGACCAAUCAGAACACGCGUUAUAUACAUGUUAUUUUAUAAUAAUAUUUUUUUAAUAGAUGACGAAGGUGUGACAGAUUCUGUGCUUGGUAAAAGGUAACUUUUCUUAUUCAUAAUUAUGCUGUAGGCCUCAGUUGUCGAGCAGCUGCAUCAUGAGCCUCUGGGAAACCACUCUCUGUUUAAUGGAUUAAUUGAAUCCCCCAAAUUUAAUGGCAGCCUUAAAACCAUUUUUGCAGGAGCCAGUUGUGUAAAGGUUUUAAAAAUUAGAAUUAAACAAUCAGAAUUUAUUUCAUGAUCACAGUCUGUAUGAGAUUCAACUACAAUCGCUUACCUAGCGAUGGCUAAAAUGCUCUGCAGGGGAUGGGGUAAUUAAGAUAUGCUUACCAGUUUACUUUUAUAUAACCAGUCUUUGGAAUACUCUUAAGUGAUUAUUGUACAGUAUAGGUAAAUGACUGUUGAAUAUUUUUUGGGCAGGGGGGGGGGUUCCAGCAAAAUUAAAUUAUGAAUAAUCUAUCUUGAUGGUGUUAGGGCAAGUAAGAUGAUUUUAAGGUGGCUCGAUACAGUUUUCAAAAACGUCAGGUGCAUAACAGUAAAUUGACAGUUUUUAAACGUCGUAUUUUUAGGUUUUAUGUAGCAGACAUCAGGAUAUUCAUAUAUUUUACCGUUUCUUCUUUCAAAUUAUGUCAGUUUUGGUAACACAUAGUUCGUUGCUAUGCUUAAACUGUUUUGAAAGAAUUAAAUGAUAUAAUUAUAGUGAGAAUACACGAUAGUAGCAAUUAACGUUUCUAACAUGCUGUUUAGGUGUAGUAUAUUGUCUUUGCAUCAGUGGGAUAAAGCAUUGACUGAACCGUUGAUAAGAAAGAGACAUGCGGAGAAAAUGUUAAGGACCAGCAUAUCAAGGUAAGCUCGAAACGUCCCUGACAACGAGAUAUCAAGUCCUUUAGUACAAUGAACGAUUGUAUAACUUCUCGAUUUUACGUUGUAUGUACGAUCAAAAUAUUUGGUUUCUUCGUCAAAAUCUGCCAAACAUUUUGUCAUUGAUUACCAAAAGAAAUAUAAGCAAGCAUACAACAAUCAAAAUAAUAUUGUAAUUAGUUUAACAGUAGCCUGCAGGCGCUAGGUCCUCGAGCUCCUGUCAGUCCUGAUUUGCAGGCUAGUUUAACGGGGAACGACUCAAUCAAAACAAAGUUCAUUUUCUAAUGCAAAUUAAUAUACCAACCUCGUGCAAUUAUUUAUUAUUUUACUUUGUAAAUAUGAUUUUCUAAACGCGCUGAUUUUUAUGUGUCUAGUGUGGUAUCUAUACGUUUGCGAGAAGGAUAUUGUGUUAAAGAUAUCGCGUUUCUUAGAGGUACGUUACGUUCAUCUCAUUUUUAUCUAGUUGCAAUAGUACAGUAUACUGUACACAUGUAACACGAAAUAUUUUUGUUAGCAGUUCUACACACUGUAAAGUCAGCAACAUUUUUUUUUGUAUAAUUUCUUGAGGGUUUACUGCAUAUCUUUGUUGCCAAACAUUUUUUGUGUUAUCAGGAGGAAAGGAGUUAGUCGUGAAGCUGUUGUUGCUAUGGAAACAAAAUGCGUACAUUGAAUAUACGGCUACAGCAGUGAGUAAAUUUAAGUAAAUGGCAUGAUUUGUUUCCGGGCUUUGGUUAAUUGUUUUCAAUAUUUACAUGAUCUAGUUUACCAAAUUACAUGCAGUACUAGCCGUCGCCAUAGACCCUAACUUGACGUAUGUAGACACCAAAUCACAUGCGUUGCAUUGUUUGGUUUGACGUUUACGCUUUUUCAAUGAAAUAUUUCUAAUGCCAAACAAUAUGUGAGCGAAAUGGAAACAUAAGAUGUGACUGUUUACUUUCCUGUUUGAUGAUUCACUGCACUCUCUUUCCUUCCUGGGAUGGCAUGCAGAAUUAUUCCCAAAUUGUGACCAGAGUCGCACACUAGAUAUUUCGUUGAAGUAAAACUGUCUACAGGGUAUACUACUUUUAGUAUCUUGUAUAAUUUUAAGAAAAUAUCCCUCUUUUGGCACUUCCACCCCACCUCCCAUGCACCUUUUAACAGCCUGAUUAAUUACAAUAGUCUCAUGCUCUUAAUUUUAUUUUUCGUCGUAGACAUGGCCAGUACAAUUAUCAAAGUAAGUUUUGGAAAGAGGUUCUGGAUUCUGGAUUUGAGAAUGAAAAAUCCAACAUUUUUAAAAACAGAUUUGUGUGAAAACCUGUAUGUCCUUAUAUAGCUGCGUAAAUCUCCUUGCCUCAACUGAUUACAAGAGUUUAAAUGUUUCAGUGCACAAACAAAGAUCGAAAUUGUCGUUCAAGGAACGUACGGAUUUCUUCACGAUGUUUAUUCCAAGCAACUUUACUCAAUGAAAGGUUACAGGUACACUUACAUACCAUCAAUAUUACACUAUAAGCGUGAUGUCGUAUUCAACCAGGUGAUCUUGAUACGCGGAAAAGUACUGGCACUAGUUGUCAAAUAGAAAUCCAUUUUAUGAUUAAAACAACUGAAUAUCUCCUGUAAUAUACUUUAUUUCGAUUCCAUAUUUUUGUCAGAGCUAUAGUUCUCAUAACCAAACAUAAUUACAAAAUUUCAACUGGUUUCAUACAGAAUAACGAAAGAUAUAAUUGACUGAAUACAUCAAAAUGAAUUUCUAUUCGGACAACCCUUUCUGAGCGCUGAUUGGCUAAAAUACGAACACGAGAUCACCUGGAAUGUUAAAAGAUUGAUAUUUUUGCAGGGCUAAUGUCGUGGAAACGUUUAAUCACACAUUAAAAAAGUAAGUAUACUUUUUUCAUUAACAUGAAAGAUAUUAUGUAUUGUCAUGUUAUAAAAUGAUUAGGAAUCUUAACCCAUCGAUGUUUAAAUUGCCAUAUGUUUUUAUUUUGUUUUAUUGCUUUUAUUAUUUUAUUACUGAUUAUAGAUGAUACAAUAGGUGGGGAGCAUACAGUAGCCCCGAUUAUAGUUACCUGUAUUCGUAAUUCCAUUAUGGCAGACGACGAUAUAGAAAGUUAAUAAUUAUGAUUAUUGUUGUUAAUUUAUUAUUAAUGGUUCUUUAACAACGGUAGCCCUUCAGCUGUUGCUGCUUUUCAGGUGGCUAUUGUGUUUAAAAUCUAUUUACAUCAACUAGUAAAAAUUAUAUUUGAGAAAGAAACGAAUUAACUAAAUUAUUAUCAAAUUGGUAAAAAUACACUCCCCUAUAGUUGAAAGAAGUUAAAAGCUAGAGCGAUAUAGUGCCACAAAUGUAUCCAUACCAUACUCGUACUAUGUGCAUGCAUAUACAUUGUAUUUCCACAGGCAUGGUAUGAAUGUAUUGUUUUUGGGAGCAUUGACGUUGUCAACAGCCAUGAUUCGGUCCACAAAAGUAAUUGUGGAUUAAAUUUUUAAAGCGACUCGUUGAAACUCGUUAACAGUUCUAUACAUUUAAUACUCAAUGAAUGAAAAUUAUUCUAAUUGCGAAAUUUGUUGAUUUCUUAUUAUUACAGUUAUCUUUAAUCACUUCUUUCUUCUGCUUUUAUGUUACUUCAGUUUAGAGAUGACGGAUGCGUUACUCGUUAGCUUGCAGUCAUUUUCCUCCAAUCAACUGUUCUACUCCACACCCGAGUGUGUUAGAAGAGGUGUACCGUUGUUUUACUUCCCACCCAAUUCACCUCAGCCGGUACGUGUACUCACCAUGCAGACAUUUACAUACUAGAGUGACCAUAGUAAGUAAAUAUCGAGAUUUUGUGGCAUCUCGCUUGAUACAACCAUAGUCGAUAGAAUAAGAAGGUUAGGAAACACGAUGCAAGAAAUGGUCGGUUCAUCGUCACGUGUGUACUGUUUUUUCGCCCAACCAACCAAUAGCAUGCAGUAUGUUGGUUUAAUUACUUAGUCGUGAUAUUGCACAAUGGUUAAAUUAAAACAUAGCUAUAGGUUGCUCUAGCGAGAAUACAAUACACACAUGACGAUGAACUUCCCCUUUCCAUUAUCCUACCGCACGUACUUUUAUCACUUUAGGUGUUGGUCUUGGAACAAGGAAAAUCUAAUAAAAAGUUAGUUUGUCGUAUUUGAAAAAAACGUUUGAAAUUAUAUCUAAAACUCUUUGCUGCAUGAUCUUUCAUAUUUUGCUUCAUUCUUGAAAACAACGAGAUGACGUCAAAGGCGGAUUAGUCGUAUAAAACUACUCCUAGAAGACUAAUAUAUAUAUAUAUAUAUAUAUAUAUAUAUAUAUAUAUAUAUAUAUAUAUAUAUAUAUAUAUAUAUAUAUAUAUAUAUAUAUAUAUAUAUAUAUAUAAAACAGGGAUGGAUUUACUGUGGGGAGAGGAGUGAGCACCCCCCCCCCUAACCCUGGCUAGAGGGGGUGCAGGGGGGGGGGUGCUAUUUUUCAUGAUAGAGCAAAAAAAUAUUAGAUACAAAAUGAGAUACAGUAAUUUCAGUAAUAACGUGAUGAUAAGCGAACUGUGAACAAUAGUUAUAAUUCAAAUACAGUAGUCAAGCAAGACUUUGCGGUAGUCAAAAGUUUAUGGGCGGGCGGCGCACAUGACCGACACAUCUCGGCACCAGAGCUGGUAGAGCACCCCUUACCUGAUCAUGCUGGAUCCAUCCCUGAUAUAAAACGAUUAGUAGAUGUUUAAAAUGUUUUAAUCAAUUUGUUAUUUGAAAUAGUAACCGAAGUGUAAUUUUCGGCUCAAACGUGUUGGCUAUCUGGGUAAAAUAUUUGAUGCAACAUCUACUACAAUCCAAGAUGGCAAAUAACUCACUGAUUUAUGAUGAUUUUGGUCAAAAUAUAUUAUUUCUCAAGGAACUAAGCAGGAUUUGAGAAAGCUGUUAAUUUAGGUUUUUGAAAUUUUAAAAGACAGUGCUUUCAUUCCUAGCUAGAUUUGAGUGGGAGAGCAGUAGGUGUACUGUAGAGUAUACACUUUUUCUAAUUUUAUUGGUUGGAUUUGCUCGCAAUGGGAAGUGGCUGGGUUUUUUUUUGUUAAAGAAAGGGUUCAAAUAUUAUAGAGAUGACGUCUUUAUAAAACGCUUUUCCUCAGAGUUGAAUCAAUUGGUUUUGCAAUUUCUGUAUUAUUGGCAUGCAGCUAAAAAGAAUCUACUUUAUUUCUUUCGUAGAAAAUCCUCCAAGUCACAAGAGGCUCAAUUCGCUGUGUUUUGGAAGACUAUAUUGACCCUAGAUGUCAAUACAUGGUUUGUAUAAUAUGACCUAACAUUUUUUCUUCAACCCAAUAAGGCACUGAUAAAAAGGAUAUGGAACUGUGGAUCAAAAUAUAGUGAUGCAAGCAAAAUAUGCGUUGCAAUCGUUGCACAAAUGAAAAAUUAGUUUCUGUUAAAGCCCGUGCAAUUUUUGCUGCGAUUUUCCUCUGAUGGAUAUGAACGAGUGGAUGAGUUAUGAAUGUUCAGAUGAAGGAACAUAUAGUCAGAACAUUCAUCUUCUCGUUGACAUGCAAGAAGAAAAUCGCACUAGAAAUCUCAACAAAAAUUGCAAUUAAGGUUACAGGACACCCUUUUUGGCGUUUUGCGGAAAAUCUACUGCGCGCUCAAUAUCAGUCCGAUUUUCAUCAAAUUUUCACCAAAUGUUCUCCAGUGCAUGCAAAUUAUGGUAAAGUUGUAAAAUUAACAAACAAUAAAAUAAUGUAAGAAUUAUUCAGGAAAAUCUUAAAUCGCGGUACCUUUACGCUUUUGAGUUGUGCUCCUGCUGGUUUUAAGUUAUAUUUAUGAAAAUAUCAUUUUUAUACAGUAAAAUAGUUGUUCUAAAAAAUUGUGUUCGGAAAUUUUUGUUUAUUUCGUCAUUCCGCUGAUAUGGCGAUUUCUUUGACGACUGCAAUAUAUUUCUGAAUUGUUUGAGUGAAUUGCUCUUUAUUUUUAAAAUAUCCAAAAUUAAAAAAAAGCCGAACACAAUUUUGAAACUGACGUAUUUAGCUAUGUCCUGUGAAAAUUUGAGAAAAAUUGGUUAAAACCCGCAGGAGCACAACUCUUUAAAAAUCAGUAAUUACCGUAAAAUGUUUCGUGAGAAAAUUGAAUUUGAAUAUUACAUUUUCAAUGUUUUUCUUAUUGCAGCGAAAUGUAUUUUAUUAAAUAACUCUGCGAGUUUUCAACAUUUUUCGUUCAAACUUGGUCAGAUAGUAGAACUAGUCUAAUGCUUUUAUUGAAACCAAUAAAAAAAAUUUAGGCAAAAUUAACACUCAAAGGGUGUUCUGUAACCUUAAUGUCAACGGGCCUUAAUGAUCCCAUAAUGCAUCACUAUCUCCAGAUUCCUGAUUUCUUGAGCUUAAAUGGACCUUAGAACUGCUUACGUCACGUAAUUUCAAACAAUGAAUUAUUGACCUAAACGUAUCCCACAAUGCACUGUGCAUUCCAGAAGUCCUCUGUAUUUUAUUGCGUGCUGCAAGCACUUCUAAAAUCUAUUGAUCGCACGUUGUCGAAUUUGCUACGUCGUAAAUCGUACGAAAUGUGUGAUAUCUCAUGAAUUGCACAAUACAGCAGUCACUAACUAAAUGUAUUGCCAGAGUUGUUUAUUAUAUCUGCCUGCAUGUUAUAUUUUCACUUUCAGGCAACGAUGGAUGCAUUGUCAUCGUAUUAACAUGGUUUUGGAACACGACAGGUAUUUUCUCUGGAGGGGCACUGGGAGAAUGCGUUAGAUAAUAUGUAAUUACUGUUAUCCUCUUUAAGUCUUACUUGCUUGACAUUACAACCAUUUUCAGUCAAAUUUGGAAUGCUAAAACUUUUUAAAAGAAACUAUAUAUACCCCCGCCUAGUGUCCACCACUGAGCGGAACUACCUAGUGUCCGCCACCAUUGGGGGUAGGGUCUCGGCUACGGCCAUCGAAACAUCAGGUAAGACAUUUUGGCAACGUUACUUAUGGUACCUUAUGGAAAGUAAAAUUACUUUCGACACGGUCGUCUGUAAGCAUACUGUAAAUUGCAGUGUUCGUCUCGAUCGCGCGUAUAAUUGGACAUAAAUAGAGUGGUCGCUCCAUAAUAAUCACUCAAGCUUGUAUUUUUUAACUGAUGUUUGUAGACCUCUUCCAAAGUCGUUAUUCUUACCAUCUUCAAAUUAUCGAUUCUAUCACAUUCAAUGUCGUAACUCUCUCAGUUCACUGGCUGCAUUCUUGAAACAAUGGAGUUCUUUUGUUCUGUCAGAGAAUCAUACCUACAUCAAAUUUGUUGAAGGGUAAGUUUUAAAUAAUAUUUCCCGACUUGGUAGAUGGAUAAAUAACGACCAAAAAGACAAAAAUGAAGCCUUUUUUACGCUUCUUAGACAACAGUUUGCAGAGUGAACGGAAGUGAAAACAUUUCAGCAUUAAUACUGUAGCUCUUACACUCCAAUUUACUUCUGCCCCAACACUAAUAAUUUAAUAAGCGUGUUUAUACUAAAAAGUUGCACUUAAUCUUUAAUGAAAUCUCUAAUAAAUACUCCUGUAGGGAAGAAGCCGCUUAUUAGAUUAUUUACGGUGUUUUAUCCCUGUGUCAAAGGAGAUUGUCAACUAUUUCGAUUGUGAGAAUUGUGGUGUAUAUGUAUACCCUAGGUUAUUAUUAUAAGAAGUCUUCUUCAAACUUGAAGAGUUUUUGAAGACGUGAUCGUCAACAAUAGAAUUACAACCACGCCAAUAGUUAAAACGUUCAAAAUCGUGUGGGGUAUUUGUUCACUGGCUUUUGCUACUAAACUCGCAUUUCAAAAAUGUGUUAAGUAAUCUUGUUUUCUGUCGUUGUGUCGGUCGCUGGGCUAAUACUGUAUAUGAGCGAUAUGUAUUUUUAUUCACAACAGUGAUGACACUGAAGAUCCACCAAGGUCCUUCUGUAUCGUACGUAUAUCCUCCAAAGCUCCGUGUAUCGUUAUAAGAAUUGCAUUUCUUGGAGGAACGCCGGGCAAAAAGAGACACGAGGUACGCGGUGAAUGCACUCGUUCAGUAAAGAAAUUCAAAUGAGUGCUUCCUUGAGGUUACUGAUUGUAGAUAAAAGUGUAGUUCAGUUUAUUGCCUGGAAGGAUACAAUUACCUGAAAAAUACAAGAAGAACUACUAACUUCCCGACGAACGGCCUUUGCUAGAAACGUCGUAGUUCUCCUUGUAUUUUUCAGCCAUAGUUGUGUCCCUAUCAGUCAGAAACCCUUGCACCCCCCUCCUUUUUCAAGACUAACGCCUGUAUUCUAAAGCUCACUCGCACUCAAAAAGUGGAGGUUCAAUGAGCUUCCCUUGAGUGUCAGUGCUGUUUUUGAAUAGCUAGAGGGCGAGUAGUCAUAUAGUAAGGUACGAGACUAACCCUCCAGCUAUUUGAAAACAACAUUGACACUCAAGGGAAGGCAGAUUGAACCUCCACUCUUUGAGCAUGAGUGAGCUUUUAGAAUACAGGCGUAAGUGGUGUGCGCACCCUGUAAACAGGACUUUACACUGUGAGCGUUUUUUUUAUAGAUUGUGAAUUCUUUACGAGAUGAUUUGGCGGCGAUUACAGCGCAGUUUGCUCGGUCAGGGAAGUUAUCUAAAGAUUCUCCCAAAGAGAAUGAAAUGGAAAGACAGAUCCAAGAACAGCUUGUGUGUACCAAACUUCUACAUAAACCAUUGGAUAGAAUACUUGUCAGGUGCGAGAAAUAAAGUCUCUUGCAAGCACUGCUGGACACGUCGUGAAAUAUCGAGGAUACUGAAUAUGGGUUUUGCAGAUGGAAAUUGCGAGUGUAUAUUUUAUACAUUUAUUAGAACCAGGAGUAGCUGCGAAAAAUACAACUAUAGGUCCUCUGGCAGGAAUCGAACCUAUCUCAGAGCCGCAGGUUUCACACUCAAAAUUUCCAUCUACAAAACUGUUCGACAAUUAGUUACAUCUAGUGUAGAUACCCAAAAUACUGGUACUCAAUGAUAAAAUAUUGAAGAUAACAGUGUAGAACUUUAGAGAAGUGCAUAAGCACUCGUCUUUUUAACGUAUUAUCUGCAUGGUUAAUUUGACCACGACUUUGUAGUUAAAUUAACCAAACUAUAUUUUAGGUGGAUAAAUAACCAUGGUUAUGUAUUCACUUAACAUAAUCUGGUAUUAAGUUAACCCAAAUGGUGGUAUUUCCAAGUUAACCAGGAAAUUUUAAAUUUAUUUUUAGAGUCUACCUGCACAAAAACCUUUCCUCCAAUUCAAAAUUAAAACCUAUUACUUUAUUAACAAUGUAAUGUUGAUUCGAACCAGAUUCAAGUCUGGCUUUAGUCGCCUUUAUGUUGACAUUAUACAAUGUUGGGUUUUUGCAAUGAGGAUAUAUAUUCCCAUGAUGGUGCCUCUGAAGUAGAGAUAAAAUACUUUCCUCUACUAUUUGGGGGUGUUACAUGUUUGGGACUCAAAAGAGAUGAAGACGAGGGUUUUCGAAUCCCUAGUAAUGAUAAACAUUUGCUUAUAUCGUGAUUUUUGUAUGUGACGUUUGUUCAAAGAUGAAUGAAAUUUUUUAAAUAUUUUCAAAGGUAUGACGAACAACCAAAGGAAUUUCUCGUAAGACCUGCUCACUCCCAGCACUCUUCAGGAAUCAUUGAAACAUAUGAACCAUGGAUGCAUCGUGCUAAAGGAAUGCCAGAAUCUCCUCUUAAAGUUCUCUCACGUUUUCUUUAUCAUCAACGUUGGGUGUUUACAUUACAUCCGAAAGGACUGGGCUCUACAGCUACGCCGAGUACUGUUUCCAAGAUACUAAGAUAUCUCACUAAGUACGUAAGUUUUGAUGCCGAAAUUUCCUAGAGAAAUUUAAGCACAUACAGUAAUAUACCAAAACUUGUAUUACUAUAUUGGCCAUGGAAAACUACAAAGAAUAUAUACAUGUACAGUAAACCUUGUGCAGAAUAGUAUUUUUUCCUUGUAAUUCGUCUUGCUUGAAAUCCAGCACAGUUUUUUUGGUGAGCCGAAUACACGAAGAAAUCGGACGUUCAAAACUGGGAUGACAACAACGAGAUUUCUUCAGAGAAUCUUGUUCAUGAAACUUGUCAACGAAAACUUUUCAAACUUAUGAAGGAAUACCUACUGCUCUGUACGGGGCUGACAGACGAGUACAGUAGGUAUUGACACUCUGAAAACUCUAGAGGAAAUUAACCAAUAAUUUUACUUAAUUAAAGCUCAAUUGAAGUUAAAACUGCAAUUUUAUACUUUCCUUUCAGAAUACGCGAAGAUCAAGGAUUUAGAUUUGUAGCCAGUAACCUUGGAGUAACAACAAUGUUUAAAGAAUUUUGGGUUAAGGUUAGUGUAAUUCAAACCAUAUUUGUAAAUAUAUUUUAUUAAGGUUUCGCUGUGUGCAGCAUUGCAGCACAAGUGGUCAUCUCUCAGAGCAAAGAGUUGAUGGAAGUGACAAAAUUGUUCAUGAUUACGCAAGGUUUAGCAGAGUGUUAGCUACAGUAAACAAUUCGCCAUUUCAAUUAGCAAUUUCCCAAUUUAGAUUAGUGCCAAAGAUAAAUAUAUUGUGAAGGAAACCUGAAAAUAUAAGAUUGUUCAACUUCAAAACUUUGCUCAAGACGAUUCGUGAACCAUUUGAGUGUUUAUAGUCCGCAAAACAGUGUCCGUUGACGUUGACGUUGACUUCAAAGCCUAUCACCGCCUUGCGCUAGGCCAAAGAAUGCCAUUUAAUUUUCACAGUUAAGACAUGCCUCCUGAAUGAAGACAUAUCUUAAUGGUCCAUACAGACCAGACGUGAUUUGGCAACGCGACGCGAAUUUUCAAUUUUCAAUGACAUUUAACUUUCAUAUUUUUCUAUGUUUUUCAAAUAUUCGGAACCACUUAAUCCAUUUUAGCUAUUUGGUCUGCAUAUCUUGUAAAAUUUUUAUACGUUGACGGUUAUUUGUUUUUAAAAACUGAAAAUUCGCGUCGCGUUGUCGAAUCGCGUUCGGUCUGUAUGAACCUUAACUCAGGUGACGGUUGUAUAAAACUACUGUACUUUUUAGGUACCUGAUACAAUUCCGAUUGGCUAACUUUAACUACUUUUUUAUACAACCGGCCCCUCGCCCUAAGGUCGCCGACCACCUGAAUUUUUCAUUGGCUAUACAUCGACCUUCCUUUUGAUAGCAUAUAAAUAUAAAUUUAAUAUAAUGCAAUCAUAUUCAUAGCAUUGUUUGCUCGCUUCCGAAAGUCUGUUAAACAUUUUCAAGCUGCUUAUUCUACUGUUAUUAGGAAAAAGAUAAAGAUGGUGAACCACCGACCACUUGUAUUGUACAGUUUGUCAUGUUCCCGCCAAUGACGUCAUCGAGUCAUAACCGCGUCGAAGGUUGGGCACUAGACAAUCGUUUACCAGAAGAUGAACGUGAGUUAGAGUUAGUCGUGGAAGUUUGGGUCGAGCCUCAACAUGGAGUCAUUGUGAAAAACGAGAUUCCUGAGUAUUUAGCUGGAAAGCAGUAUUUUGAAAUACCUGCCAAGGUAGCCUAUCCAUUUUCUGUCUAUUGUGAAACACAAAUUAAUGUUAGAGUGUUGUAGAUAAGAAUAUGGUAAAUUAUUCUUGAUCCACCCAGAUUGAAAAUAUCACAGGGUUCUGUAGUACAGAAAUAAGCUCCUUUAUAGAUGUGUUACAGCAUAGGAAGCCCAAAAAAUGUGUGGUAUUUGUCUCUUUUUUGUAGUCUUAUAGCUUGGAAAAGUUUCGAAAGCUCGCGCGUGCCGCUCGGCCGUGCAUAUACUUUGUUUAUUAUUAUGAGAAGGUUGGCAAGAUUUUUAACUGAAAUUUAUUACAUUGUUUUCUAAGUAUGAAUAUUUCGCAAAUUAUAAGCAAAACAAUAAAAAAUCUACAUCAUUUCAAACACUGGUAAUUUUACUAAAUUCUUCCAAAGUUUUAACUUCAAAAGUUCAUUCUAAGGUUGUUAAAAAAGCGAAUUCUUUAUCAAAAUUUUGUCAAAACUAUGUGGAGGUAACCUACCCUAUGGCUCACGUCAUAUUUUUUUAAAUUUGAUUGAAGAAGCGCUGAUUGGCUGUUGUACCGGAAUCAUGCACAAAUUUCAGUUAAAAAUAUUGCCAACCUUGUCAUAAUAAUAAACAAAGUAGAUGCACGUCCGAGCUCCAUGCGCGAGUUUUCAAAACUUUUCCAAGCUGUGAGACUACAUAAAAGAGACAAAUACCACGCAUUUUUGAGCUGCACAUUACAGUAAGCGCUAUCGUGCAGCCAAUAGUGGUCAACCGAGAGUUACUAGAGUUAGAAAAUAAUGCUAUUUCUUUUCAGAACAUCUCCUACUGACCUAGUCUUGUAUGCGGACGCUAACAUAGAUACGACUGAUUGAUUCAAUUUGAUUCUUUCUAUCAGGAUCGGCAUUUCUUUGGCGCUCCCGCCAAUACAAUUAAGCCAGUUUUCCACUUCAAGCGUACCGUACCGAAGCGUAUCAAAAACAUUUUUAAAUAUCAAAAAUUUAGUGAAUGUUGAUUGGUUAAUACUUUCGUAUAGUACGCCAAAAAGUUGACUUGCGAUGAACUUUUCAUUUUGAUAUGCGAAUACACCCGGAAGUACGUGGAUUUAUUAAUCUCUUUAAUCUGCGCAUGCUCACCAGUACGUUUCGGUACGGUACGGUUGAAGUGGAAAACUGGAUUUAAAGAUAUUUUCCCGCCUUUCACCCUUGUACUCGGACUUCGACAUACCUUCUAACGGUAUGUGGAAGACUAUAUUAUUCAAUAUCUCUUUCAACCAGAUCUUUGAAGCUGACUUGGAGACAAUCUCAGCGUGGUUAACUUAUGAUCACAUUCGCUGCAUGUGUGAUGAUCGGGUUGUCAGUUCACCAGAUGAAGCUAUCGUUCAUAUCCAAUCCCCACCAAAUGAUCCUGAUAAAAAAUCUCUAAUAUAUGAAGUUCCUUUUCCUUUCGAUAUUAUGAGAGUUCUUGAUCGUUCCAGACAAGCUGAACUUUGGUUUUCCACACUUAUCGAGCAUGAACGGCCAGGUAUGUUCACUCAACUUUUGUUCUGAGACGGUUUAUGUAGUCUACUACACACUUAAAAACGCACAAGUUGUAACAAACCUCUGCAGCAGACUUGCAGCAAUGCUGUUCCAACAAUUUAUCAUCAGGAUGUGUUCGCACUGUUUGUUCCCAGCUUGUUAAUUCCCAGAAACUCGGGAAUUUUUUGCAAACACUUUCAGAAUUUUCGCAGAAUGUUUAUUGAUUUUAAUCAGCAAAACAUAAUUUGUUGAGCGACAACAUUGAUCCACUUACAGUAUUUAUAGACUGACAAUUGACAUUUAUUUUAACUGAAUCAUGACUUUACCUGUGAAUGAAGUCCACCGGCGAAGAGUUGUUUGCAGCUGGUCUAAAUUUGAUUUAAAUUCGCCACAUGAAAAGUACGCCGUCUGAAACGGGCCUUACCUUUUCUUAUUUAGUUUCAUCCAGGUCCACUUCCCGCCGUUCCAAUGACAUUUUGUUUGAUCACAUCUUGGAACACAUGGAACGACUACACGACAGAGAGUUGACACUCACAGCUGAAGAUUCACGAAGAUUUCUGGAUUUCUCUCUUCAACGUAUUGGUAUUGGAAAAUAUACACAGGAUGAAAACAUAACUUGGCGGUGUUUUACUAGAAUGGGGAACAACCAUUUAUUAUUGACUUUUUUCCCGGCGUCUUUUCAAUCUUUACAAGCAUUUGGAAGGGUAGUGAAAGAACUUGAAGAACAUGAGUCAUGUGUUGAUCUCUCUCUCGAGUCUAAGCCAAGCGUGUUGUUCCGAAAAAGACAGGCGUCAACUUUUAACAAGACCGUCGAGGUUGAUCACCAUGACAACAACGAUGAUGACCGUAGCGAAACUGUUGGAAAAUUCUGGCGAAGUAGACGUUGGAGUCAGCGUAGUUGCGUGGACUUGUCUUUGUUUGUUUACGAUUUUGUCCUAUCAUCGCUAACUGACAAUGAUAAUAAUGAAUCAUUUGAAGAUAUCCUGUUAGACCACAGAAACAGACUAGCUCAGUUUGAGAAAAACGAUAGCUUGGAAAAAUCAAAAGAACUUCGUUCCCAUUGCAUGGCUAUUUACGAGCUUUUCUUGUACUGUUUCGUUUCCACAGUGUUUGAGAGUUUACGACGAGGGGAACACGUUGAUGAUGAUAAUCUGGAUGAAAUUCUAGCAAUUUGUUCAGAUCUCAUUCCAGAAGAGAUUGAUAUCUUUGGAUUUCUCGGAAAUGUGUGUGGUCACAUUACACAUCCAACUAAUAUUGGCUCAGAAUGCGAGAAAUCUCUGGAAGACUGGAAACGAAUUCAUGAGGAGAAUGCAGUAAAUUUUCUACGAAAUAAUUAUGAUGUGAACUCGAGCGAGUCGCUCUGGACUUCGAAAUGCGAAGAGUUGGACGGUUUACAUGAUUUCAUUCAACGAAGAUUUGAUUUGGUGCUGAAGAAAUACUUUUCACCGAUACCAAACAGAAGGGAUCAUUAUUUUUACCAACCUCACUUUUUAAAAGAUUCUUAUCAGGUACGUUUCCGAGCGGUUACACCACAGAAUAAACGGCCUUUAGGCCCAUCUACACGAUACGACUAGUCGUAUACGAUUAUUACCCUGGUGUAUGCGCUCAAAUGAACGUGUGUAAAGAUGGCACAUUUCGCCAUUUAACAAUUAGACAAUGAGGCCGAGUUGUCUAUGAGCAAUUAGUAUAAAUUCAGUAUUGAAAAAUGGCUUUCAAGCGUUCUGAUUGUCUCCCUCACCAGUAACUCUGAGGCAAUAAUAUAUAGUUACUGCCCAGACUGCUCUGAGUAGUAACUAUUGCUUUCAAGACAAAAUGGCUGCCGAAAAUCCACUUGCAAACAAAUCACCGAAGAAAAAAUUGAAGAAAUUAAAGCACAUACUAGACCUCUAAAAGCAAAAGAAGCAACAAUAUGUGGUGUUAACCUAUUUCCGAAAGCCAAAGCACCUUUUAGAUGCCUUAAACAAUUUAUUUGACAAUUUAAAACCGGAAAAUAACAGAAUCGGGCGACAAGAUUCCGACAGCUGGACUCGUUUGACUCGUUUGUAUAUAUUAUUAUUUUUCGAUACUGAAUUUAUACUAAAACAAUUAGUGAAGUGAUUACCUGUGACACCGAGCCUGAGGCGAAUAAUUGUUUUAGUAUAAAUUUUUAAUGAAUAUCCAAAUAUCAGUUGAAUUAAAAUUCAGAAAUAAAACUGUUUUCGGCCAGUUCACGCACACGCUUUUAAAAUGGCUUCUUGUGUGACUUUAUUAUUGCUUUAUUACAAAGUUGUUUUUCUCGAUUUCUGCGUAGAAUGUAAACACAAUGACGGAAUGAGAAUUAAAUGAGAAUAUAAUUAAAAAUAGUUUCUGUGUAGCAUUAAUUUUUCAGGAAAUGGCUGAGAAAUUUGGUAAAAUGAAAUGUAAAACUAUAUCGUUUGGAAGUAGUUUUAACACACUUUUUACUUUACAAGUUUCGAAACCCAAUACAACGUCAGGACACCAUAUACAGCACAAUGAAACACGACAUAUCAAAAGAAAUAGUAUCGUACAAAUUGAGAUAUAUAUAGGAUACAAAACAAAAUUGUUUUAAAAAAGAAUAUCACGGCUUUUCCCAACAGUCAGGAUAGUUUUUGCUAUUUGUUUGAAGUUGGUUAGAGCGCUGCACCGGAAUCGCAGGGCCGUAGGUUCAAUUCCUACCAGAGGACUUUGUGCUGCAUUUUUCGCAGUCGUUCCUGGUCAGGUCUUAAAGUGUAUAUAUAUACUCACUUGGAUUACUAACCCUAAAAAAGCAUUCUAAUAUUAAUUCCCCCAAGUGAAGUAAAGUAAUAAAGGAAUCGUACCUUUUAAGUUAAAUACAACAUUUUGUGCUUUUCUGGUUUUCUGGGGACUUUUGGCGAUUUUGAAACCAAAUUUGCCGAUUACUUUUAAUACAGUGCUCUCACAAUUAGGGUUGGGCGAUAUUUUGAUUUAUCGCGAUAUUUUCAACCACGAUUAUUGUAUCGAAGGUAGAAACUUGAUCGACGAUAUAUCGAAAUUAUCGUCAUGCUCGAUGACUAUCGUGAUAUUGCUUCGCAUGUGUGUAUAUAGCUUUUGUAAAUCCUAAAAACGUCUUUCAAUUCCUAGAAAAUAUAGUUUUUAAAAGAAUUAGAACUAUUUCCUGAAUUAAAUAUGAAUUUAAUACAAUAUUAAAGCUAAUAUUUAUGUAUUAAUCCGCUGAACAAUGAAAUUGCAUGCUAUGUUUGCGCUGUGUGCCCACGGUAUUUGUGCCUGCGGAGACACAGUAGACACUGCAUGGCAUACACAGUUCAGGUUUAUGAACAGUAAAUAUUAGACAAAAAAAGCCUGCUUAUUACUUUAAUUUGUUAUUUUAUUUGUUAUUGUUUUUAUUGCAUUUAUCGCGAUAUUAUCGAAUAUCGUGAUAAAUUCCUCGACAAUAAUCGUGAGAUGAUUUUUUAAUAUCGCCCAACCCUACUCACAAUCAAAUUUUCAAAUUCCUUAGAAAAAGCUCGAAAAUUCCUCAGAUUUCUUUAAAUUCCUUAAAUUGGUAAAAUUACUACAAGGCCUGAUCACAUAGUUGCAAAAGUGUUUUUUUCUCCUUUUUUGCUGUUUUUCGACCUUGUUUCUAAGCACUAAAAACAUUUGACAUGAUGUAUUUUUUAUCGUUGCUGCACGAAGAGCUUAGAAAAUCUGCACAUUUCAGAAGAAACAGCCUAUACUGACAUUUAACUUUUGAGAAUUUUGAAGGAAAGACAGCCAUAUGUACAUUUAUGACAUAGAGAACAUACGAAUAUAUGUAAUUAUGUGCGUAUAAUGUUGCUACUUUCAAGUUUAAAUCUCAUUUGCGUGGUGUGGUUAUCCUCCGUCCAAAUCUCCGUCCAACGUUUUUAGUCCAGGAUAAAAUGUUUCGGAAAUUCCUUAAAAAAAUCCUCAAAAACCUAAAAUCCUUAAAACUCUUCAAAAUUCCUAUUUUUAAGGAUAAUUCCUUAAAAGUGAGAGCACUGAUUAUUUAUAUACUAGUCAGGUGGCGAAUAAUGCGUCAGAUUUACUAGUCAACUAGCCAAUCAGAACGCGCGAAAGCUCAUUUGAUAUGCAAAAUUUAUACUAAAGGCUUGUAAUCACCUCGCCUUCGGUGACUAAUUGUUAAAUAUUCAAUACCUUUCAAUCGAUGUCGAAUUUUCGCACACUCCUAGCACCCUUGUGUCAGUCGCGCAGACGAAAACAAUAGAAAGAGACUGGCACUGGACGUCAAUUUCCGCUAUCUUUGGCUUCACGUUUUGGAUGCGAGUUCUUACUUCAGAUAUAUAUGAAGCUCACUGCUUAACUCCCGCUCGAAAUAUCGAAAUAUUUUUUUUACCCUUUUCAUUUAGUUCAAACCCCACGCCAGCUUAUUGUAGAACACUGGACCUUCACGUUUGAGGUGUCAAUCAAAUAUGAUGCCUUUUCAUAAAAACGCUCUUCCAAGGAACCUGAUAUCAAAAAAUCUAAAUCUAAAAAUUUACAUGCAUUUGACAUCAAAUUUGAUUACUAUGUAGAAUCAGAUUUGAUGUACUAUUUAAAACAUCAGCAGCAGUGUUUUAUCAGAUAUAAAGAUAGGAGGCGAAGUCGAGUAUCUUUAGGUCUGACAAAACACGCACUGCGAAUGUUUUAAAUCGCUUCAAAAAUGAUCGAUCUAAUAAGUUCAUUGGCGAAGUAAUUUUCAAAAAUUACGUUGUGUAAGUCGAGAAAAUCAAAGUUAAAGUGUCUCUAUCAUAUAUAAAGAUACGACACGCUUGUAAUUUUUCUUUUUUGAAAAUUAUAUAAAACAUUCUUAAAAACUGUAUUUAAAAGUUCUGUUUACGGUUAUGUGAAUGAACUUGUGAAGUUGUUUCGAAAGUAAUAUCAAGCUCACUAGGAUAUAAAUUAGGUACUGAUAUUUACAAACACUACUCGCAAGUUCUUCUGGCCAGGCCUGGCAUGUUUCCCCGAAAUAUUUAGAAAUUUAAGGUCUCGGAAAAGCUAUUUCCCGUUUUCUGCGGCCGUGUUCUACUCUUGCCAAUAAUAGAGAUUAAUCAGAUUACAGCAGAAGGAGUUGAGGCUCACUAUUAACUUCAGCUGCCUCAGCGUCAGGUGUAGUUGCCUCGCAACUCUCCUCCGCUGAUGUUAUUAUUAGUUCUUAUAAUUCGGACAUCUUCGGACAGUUCUUGGAGUUAAUGGGGAUAGGGUGAAAAUAAAAGUGCAAUCUCUGAAAAUCACGGGCCUUUAAAGCUUGGGCCUAUGAGUUUCAGCCUACUGAUCAUGGGUAAUCUGCCACUGAGUCUCCCAAUCAAUGUACUAAAACACCGUCUUCUUGCAAUUGUAGUCAGAUGAGGAUGAAGGUGAUGAAGAGUCAAUAGAAACUAGCAGUGACACUGGUUUUGAUGUUGUGUUUGAAGGAGAUCACUCUGUUCUCCAAAGCGUUGAUGCAACUGAAAGUGAAAAUGUGAUAUCACUGAGGGCAGACGAUAUUACUGAGGGCAGUGUUACAACGUAUGAUGAUGAUGUUAGUGAAGAUAAGCAAUCAGAUUAUCCUUCCGAUAGAUCCGAUAUACAGAGCUCAAUUAAAGAAGAUAAUACAGAACAGGAAGAGAAAGAACAUAAUGUUCCGUUGUUUUUAAGUUUGAAUUGUACUAUACGAGAUAAAAGUCAUUUGUCUAGCACCAUGGUUAGCAUGCCAUCCGAAUAUCUUCCUGUUUGUUUUGGUAAGUUGUAUUCAUUAUGGACGAUGCAUUAAAAUUGACGUGAUACUCCAUUGAUACAUUGUACUGUACAGAGUCCUUUGUUUUGGUAAGUUUCGCGUAUCAGGAUUUUUGGAUCUCACUCGACAAAAGUAAAUUGUUGAAGGCUUUUUGUAGAUGGAAAUGUCAAGUGUAAACUUUUAUAUAUUCUUAGACUUAAACAGCUGCGAAAAUGCAACUAUAGGCGGCAGAAAUCGAAUGUGCCGCGCUUUAACCAAGUGAGCUACAUAGUCCAGUUGUCGAGCUUUAACGGUAUUUUUAUAUACUAAGGUAAUGCCAGUUUAUAAAAAUGUAUAAAAUUUACGCUCGACAUUUCCAUCUACAAAAAGCCAUCAACAUUUAGUUCUGUCGAGUGAGAUGCCCCAAAUCUUGAUAUUUACCCAUACACCACACACUAGCAUCACUUUAGUAUGAAUACAUGAACUUGCGGUUAGAGUUCAACAACUGGCCUCUGUAUAUAGCUCGGUUAGAGUGCUGAACUCUUCUAUAGUUAGUUUUAUUGAGUGUAGACACCCAGAAUCCUGAUAAUUACCCAUAUACCUUACAUUGCCAUUGGCAUCACCUUAGUAAAUAUAUCCAUGAACUUGCGGUUAAAGCUCAACAACUGGCCUCUGUAGCUCAGUUGGUUAGAGCGCUGCAUCGGAAUCGCAGCGCCGCAGGUUCAAUUCCUGCCAGAGGGCCUAUAUAGUUGUAUUUUUCGCAACUGCUCCUGGUGGUUAGGUCUAACAAAUGUAUAAAAUUUACACUCGUCUGUUUUCAUCUACUAAACCCUUCAACGUUUCACAUACUGUAGUAUAUAUGUGUUAUCAUCAUAUUCGGAACAUACCGUAAUCUUCAACUACACGGCUAAAAACAAUGUUGUGCGGCCCACAUUGUUCACAGUUGUCAACAAUAUUGAACAAUAUUGUUACACCCGAUUCAGGCUGAACAGUAUUGUUCAAUAUUCUAAUCUAUUACCUGAUCCAACUCAAACGGACCAGUAUUCCUCGGAAUGAUCUGGUUCUAUUUUAUGUUACAUGUAUUCGAUCUGUUAUCGACUAUGGUAUCCCUGUCAUUUACUAUUCGUUGCCAAAAUACUUGCGUUCCGAAUUGGAAAGAUUACAAAAAAGAGCUAUUAGAAUCAUCUGUCCAAACACUAAUUACGAAGACGCUUUAAUUAGUUGUGGAUUGGAGUCACUGUCUGUUCAUCAUGAAAAUAUUUGUACUAGUUUAUUUCAAACAGUAGUUGCUGAUGAAAAUCAUAAGUUACGAAGUUUACUGCCACCUACACAUACUUUUUAUGAUUUAAGAAGCGAUAGGAAAUUUGAAAUUCCUAGAUGUAACACUAAUCGUUUUCAAACUAGUUUUUUUGUGGCUUCGUGCCGCAAAUCAUUUAUCUAAUGCUAUUGAAAUGACCUAAUAUUUUUAAUAAUUUUAAAUUUUUUAGUAUAUUAAAGUAAUAAACAUCUUGUAUAUAUAAUAUUUAUAUGGAAUGUCAUCAUAAUGGCUUGAUAAACUCUUCUUUUAUAUUCUCGUAAUUAGUUAAAUUUACUUGUAAAAAAAUACGCAAUUCAGCCUAUGGCUGCGAAGUAUUUUAUUAAAUCUAUCUAUCUAUCUAUCUAUCUAUCUAUUGAUCAAUGUGGGCCGCACAACAUUGUUCAAUCCUGUUAAACAGCAGGCUCAAUUUUUACGCGUGUAGGUGUGGAGAAUUCUUGAUUGCAUGUCGAUGCAGCCUCAUACAAUAAUGGCCGAACCAAUCAGUGACUGGAUGGCAAUCCAUCAAAAUACAAUGGAACAUUCCGAACGCUUAAUCGUGAAUGGACAUGUCACUUUUGUUAUGCUAAUGUGGACUAAUAUAAAUCACGAAACGAAGAACACUUUCCCUUAUUCAUCAUUCUAUAAUUCAGUCAAAUUAAAUAAAAGUUAUAUUUCUAUAUGUCUGUGCACUGAUCACAGCGAAUUUCUGUUAAACAUGGAGUGAUUGGGCCCUUUGUAUAACACUUAGCAUAACAUAGAAUGGGGGCUUCCUCAUUCAAUGAUCGAAAUGUUCCAUUGUCUUUUCAUUGAUUUCAAAAUCCCAUUGAUUUGAUCCCUUUCUAGGCAGGGGAAGGACCCCUAUUGAUACAAAAAUUGACAUGAAUCUUACUUUUAAACUAAAUUUUAGCGGAUAUUUUGGAUCAAGCCGACCGAGAUCCAGAUCAAAUCGUGGAUCCCUCUAUUUCAUCUUUACAAGUGACGCUGGACCUGAUUUGUCUUGUACCUCCAAGAGAACCAGAUUACUCUCGCUGGAAAUCUCGCUACAGGACGCGCUCCAGUCCAGUAUCUUCGUUAAGUUCUGACUCACGGCAUGAGAAAAUGGUCAGAUUUGAAAAUGUGGAUGGCGCUCAGAAAUCUGUGUCCGUGACUGCUUCACAUGAUAGGGAGAGUAGGUUGGUGUAAUUAUACUUUCUCAGAAUUUACUUUUAUCCUGUUUCCUUGUGUAAACUUUCAUGGAAAUUUGCAUGAUUGUGAUUCUCGCUACGGACUCGUAUGAAAAUAGUCAGUCAACGCUCUGCCGAAAGUCGCGGGUUUUCUCCGAGCGCUCCGGUUUUCUCCCACAGGGAAAAUUGACAGGGUGGGUUAGGAUAAACACAGUUAGGAAAGUAAUAUCACAAUUGUUGUAAAGAUAAAUAGUCUAGGCUAAAUAGGUAUAAGAAAGCGUAACACUUCAUGUAUAAUCGGAGUGAGCUGAAUAAUGUAUAACGAUAAUGACAGGCAGAAUCAAAACAGGUCACUCAUAUGAUCAAAUUAACUGAAAAAUUUAACAAAAACUUUGACGUUUCGAUCGAUGGCACUUCUUUGUCUGGAAAUUAGUACAAAUGUUACUUAAAAUCUAUGUGUUUUUUUCAGUUUACUCGUAUCAGGACUGCCUGUCACCCAAAUUGAAAGUAUCCGUAAAAUCAGAGAUGAUAUUAACUGGCUACUACAGGAUGAGAUCGUCUUCUCACUGUGCCAUGUUCCGUUUAUAUCCAAGUCAAUUCUUCGCAGUGUCACGGAACAUAUUAUCAAAUCUCAGAACUUUGAAACAUCGUCUAGUCGCUUUACUCCUAUAAAACUAGACUUUGUCUUGGAUGAAGAAAAAAGUUUCGCGAUCUUUAUGGAAGAACUUGAUCAGAUCCGUAUAGGUAAGUACUGUAUAUGUAACCUCUUGAUAACAGCACAAACGCUCCAUUGAGCUACAAGGCCUCAGGCAUAAAUGCACGUUGUUUCUGUUCGGAUUCUUUUAGGUUGUUAUGAGUUAUCAAAACUGGGCAGCUAUCACUACCUCAGACUUACAUGUUCGAUGUUGUCCAAUAAUUCAGUACCAAACGCAGCAGACCAGUCUAAAACCGAACAUGAGAAAUUUUGCAUGGACGAAGAUCAGGAUUCAGAAAGUGUCUUAUUUGGCUCACUUUUUAGCAACGAAGGAGAAUUUCCGCAGGAGAAAAGAACAAAUAAUGAGAAAUCUUCAUGUCAUCAGUCUCAUGUGUUGGAUAGUUUCUCAGAAAUGUGGCUAAUUCUUAGAAUGUCUGAGUCAGAUGUGCUCGAUGUGCUUGUUCAUGCAAGGUUAGUACAAACAUGUUUCGUCAACUGCUAUUACCAUUUGAAUGAAUAACAUUGAACAUUUGCAUUCCAUUGCACCGACGAGGUUUUACCAGGAAAAUCUGUCAAGAUGAUGCAUCAUCAGUCUGAUAUAUCGUACAUUCGCACGUCUUAAUAUAAAGACGAAUUGUCCAGACGAACUAGUGAGCGUAAUGUAUGCUAGUUAUGAGAACAAGUCAUAAACAUAUCUGAUUCGAUUCAAUGAAAUCAAAAACUACUCACACAAGUUAAUCUAAGCAAAUGAACUGCACGCAGCUGAUAAUUUUGAAGAUUCAUUUGAUUAAUCUUGUUUUUGGUAAAUUUUACCGUUGAGAACAUCCAUGUCUAAUAUAUAGUCUAGAACAUCCAUGUCUAGUGUAUACGAGUCACUAUAUAAAAAGUUUACAUGAAGUAGCGCGUCAUUAUAGGCGUGCAAAGGGGGAUAGAGAACUUGUAUAAUGCACCCACAGUGAAUCAAUAUUUGGAAUAAAAUUCCUCAGAUUUAUAAGCAAAUUUAACUUUUCUCAAAAAAAUGAGUUAAUUUUCUCAUAAAUUUAAGCAUCUUUUCCCAGUAUUUUGAGUCUCUAUGUGGGUGCAUUAUUUUACUAAAGUUUUUAAAAAAAUACUCUUGCAGUGUAUAAAUUAUAUUACUGAUGUUUUUAUUGUUCCGUCUGUUCAGGGACUGCUGUGACGGCGAGUAUUAUUAUGAUCUGUACACCGAUGCAAUUAACGAAAUCAAGACUUUAUGUCAUCUCGUUAAUCAGGUAUUUCUUCAUAUGUUUUUUUUAAGGAGCUUAAGCAAGCGUCGUCUUUGUCAACACGGAGGGGGGAGGGGCGCGCUGGGGACAGGGAGGGAUGCCCGCAGCGGGAAUCGAACCCCAUAUCUUUUUGCUAUAGUCCAAUGCUCUACCAACUGAGUAACGAAAAAAAUUUAUAGUAAGCUGUUGUUUUAACAUUGUCGCCGACAACCCAUUACGGACGAAGUUGUCUAUGGUUCUUCAUAAAUUAUAGAACCUGAUCGAGAACAUAGGAAUAAGAGCUUGGCAAAAAUUCUAGAAUGAACUGAAAAGUAACUCCCGUAAUACACAUUUAGGUAUCUUAUUCCUUUUUCCCGUAUAUUGAAUUUCAAAAUGCGGCCACGAUGCCUCUUUGUAAUCAACAUCCAAAUAGGGUUGGGGUUGGGAGGGUUGCCGAGCUAUAUUGUAAUGUCCGUUACAUGUCACCUGUUUCCUCAGUCCUCACUUUUUGCUUCACAUAUCAUUGUAGAAAAUGUUGCUUCGGUACGUGUAUGAUAACAAAAUCUGUCAUCCUUUGUUACAACCGAGAUCUGACGCCGAUACUUGGAAUGAAAGUGUGCCUUAUGCCGGCGCAGCCCAUUCAGUUUUGGGUGCGAUUGAUGGUGCGUGUACUUCUUAUAUGAUUGCAAAACAACUCGCGAAAUCCAGUGGAUGUAUUAUAAUAUAUUUUAUUCAUAUCUCUAGGCAGUCAUGUUGUUCUCCAAGAAUACCGUUUUCAAGCUGGACAUUUCAAAUGUCCUGUAAAAUGGACGGCAUAUCUACCUAUUCAUUUCAGAUUAAAAGGAAACUCUGACCGCAAUAAGGGCGCUGAUAGAGCAAAACAGGCAUUACGUACUGUGUUAGAUAAAUUCUCGCUCAAUGAGAAAUCCGAUAUGUAUGUGUACCAAGAAAAGAAUGGUAACAUCUUCUAUUUCAAGUAAGUUUUUUUAGCACUAUUUCAGAAAAGAAAGCACUAGUCUCUGCCCCAGUCUCUUACCCAAGUAAAAACAGUGAUUGUUCAUAUGGACAAUCAUAAUAGGACGUCUAAGUUGCUUUUUGAACGCUGUGGAUUUACAGCUUUUUAAACAAGCUUUGUAUUGUAGGUGCAAGUAAGAAAGAGGUCAGAUUUGACUACCACUACCUCGCACAGGCUUAAUACUCAUUUGAUUGGUUAAUCGGGUAGAAUAAUUCCAUCUUAUUGGUUAAUGAUCAGGGUAGUGGAAGUCAAAAUCUGAACCUCUGCGCAUGACGUCGGAAGCACAAUAUAUAGUACGACCUGCAUCCAUGCGAUUCCGGUUCGGCACUCUAACCAACUGAGCCAGUUGUCGAACUGUAAUCGCAAGUUCAUGUAUACACACUAAGGUGGUCAAUGUAAGGUGCAUUGAUAAAAAUGGCUUCUUAAUUAGCCUUUCUCACGAUGACGAAAUCCGCCAUUUUUAGGUGGUAUCUAAUUCUCGUUAACCAAUUCAAACAAUUAAAACAAAUUCAAAAUAAACUAACCAUUUACAAAGCAAAUUUACCAUCAUUCGUCCAAAACAUUAUAAAAAGUCGCUGUUAUGUGGACUUAUCUCGCAGAUUUCGGCUGAAAAGCCACCCAAAAAUGGCGGCGUGAGAUUAAUCGCGAUUUAAUAUUCUUGGUUAAAUUUCCUGGUUAUUUUUUCUCACUUUCUACCAUAGUCUGGUUAAUUACCAGACUAUUUUAGGUGGAUAAAUAACCAAGGGCCCCUGGUUAUAUGUCCACCUACAGUAGUAUAGUCUGGUUAAUUUAACUAGAAAGUCCUGAACUUCUGCUGGUCAAAUUAUAUUAUCAUUUAUUAGGGAAAAGUUUAAAAUAACCAGGACAUUUAAACAGGAAAUUUAACCAGGAAAAUUUUAGCCAGAGUGUUCUUAGAGUGUGGCGCCACCAUGGUUUUACGCACUCACCAGCCACGAAGUGAUGUAUACAUAUUUCCGUUUAGUUUGGAUUCAUCAUUAUGCCUGAGCAAGGAAACGGGAGUAGAAGGAACAAAAGAUAAUCUUGAAGUUGAUGAAAAUAUUCAAUCACCUCCAGUAUCUCCUGUCUCUUCAUUGCAAUCAUGUUCCAAAACCGCAGGAACUGCUGAGCUGGAAGAUGAACUGGUAAGUCAUCACUCGGUUACGUGUAUGUUGAGCCCGCGACGUGUAAUUUUAUAGCAAGUGGCAUUUUAAUUACACGAAUAAAAACAACAAAAACAAAAUGAGCGAACGGCGUUUUCACGAAUGUUUUUGUGGACAAAGCAGAUACUGCAUAAUGCAAUGUAUAAUAAAACAGUUAUUUAUUGAAGUCGGAAUUAUCAAGGUCUCUUCUUCCGAAUUAUCAAGGUCUCUUCUGUAGGUGUUAUGAAUCUCGCCUUUGGCUCGACUGCUAUAGCACUUACCUAAAUCUUGAUUUUCUGGAUAUCAUAAAAACCUUAUCCAAUAACUGUUUGCUAUUGAACAGUGCUUACACUAGAACCUACACUAGGAGUACAUCAGGCUGUAGUUAAAGACCAGUUCCUGUUCUUUGGUAGUCUUGCUACUCUCUGUGAAUUUAGUUGAUUGCUUGUUACUUGGGCGACCUAUGUCGAUCAAGUCAUAAAUUCGCUUUGUUUUUUCUCUGGUGUUGCGUUUUGUCCCCCAUGAUGCUUUGUGGCAUAUAUGAGUCGCCCAAGUAAACGCCUACCCGGCGUCUUGUUCUUCCAUUACGGGUAUUAGAAUAAAGGUAUGAACAUUUUAGGCAUUAGAGAUUCUUAUCAUAGACCAAUUGCGAAACUUAGUGGCCGCGCCUUCAUACUGCACGAGAACGAGGCUUAUUAUGCAAAAACAAAACAAUUUCUAUAUUUUUAUAUAGCGAAAAGUGAAUUUUAGGGUUUUUAAAGUGUUUUUUCUUGAAUCUCUUUGAUCUUUUCUUAAUAUUUUAUAUAAAUAUUUGUUAAAUUUAUCUAAACAUCGAUUUCCCACUAUAUUUUUACCCGCUUUGGAGAGAUAUUUCGUUGUUGUUUUAGCAUGCGAUGGAACAAACAUAUGGAAAAGAUCAAUCUAGACUUUAAAAUCUGAUCAAGAUGCAAAUAAAAUAGUCAGUAUAACUAAACAAACUAAAAUAUAACUCUUUCUACCCAGAUUUGUUUAGACUUGUGCGAGAAAAAAACGAUUUUGUCAAAGUGAUAAUAACAUAAAAUUUCUACAAAUUUUGCCCGACAUUUACUUUCAUAUUUUUAAAGUUAAAAUCGAAAUCUUGCUAUUAUAUUACAACUGAAACAGAAUUAAUCAAUGUUACAACUUAUUCUUUGAAAUGUAAUAAUAAAACAGACGGAAAAUACCUGAUUCGUUCUCUGGUAUAAUCUGCUUCUUUUAUCGGACGGCGAAAAACAGCAAAACUUUGCCUCGCACGCCGCGAAAACAAUGAAAUUUGAAGUAAGACUAAAUCUAUGAACAAGUUUAAUAAAGAUUUACAUAAUCAAAACAGAAAUAUUGAAAAAAAAUGAAGAGAUUACCAUAAAAACGCGUCUCAAACACUGAAAUUCAUUUUUCGCCAUAUAAAAAUAUAGCAGAAUGAUUUGUUUUUGCAUAAUAAGCCUCGUUUUCGUGCAGUUUAAGGCGCGGUCACUAAGUUUCGCAAUUGGUCUAUUGUAUAAUACAUUCAAUUUAUUCAUUGCCACCAUUUAUAAAUAAUAGGCAAGUACUUCAAUUUGGACGCCUCAUAUUUGUCGUAUUUUCUUGCUUUUGCCAAAACCGCGGAUGCUUCCUUUCGCCCGAAAAAACGUGUCUUGUUUUCAUGUCAAAACAUUCAGGAAUGCAACUACUGUAUGCUCCUAUACGAACUUUGCUCCUACGCCUAUUACUGCUAAAAUGUCAAACUAUUAAAAGCUAAUUUCAGAACAUAUUUCCCGCAGACUAAUCAGAUGUCGCCAUUUCCAAAUUGUCGAUUUCACGACGUUAGGAAUCUAGUCGCAUUCCUGAAUGUUUUGACACAAAACAUGGCACGUUUUUUGGGCAAGAGCCAAAAGGAAGGAUCCGCGGUUUUGGAAAUAACGAGAGAAAGUUUAAGCUUCGCGUUAUACGGCAAACGCCAGGCAAAGAAAAAUUUUACGGUAUCAGGCAACAAAGAGUAAAUGAACUUGCUGUUUUAAAACUGCAAUGCAUGACUAUUCUUUCGACACAAGAAAGAAAAUAUGAAACGAAAACGUUUAACAAAAAUUUUGCGAAGGAAGUUCCGAACCUGCCUUUAGUUAGAAAGUUGAACCUGCCGUUUGCCGUUCCCGGAAAUGCGAAUCUUAAACUCCCUACUGUUUAGUCAAGUAUUGCAUGUUGUACUUAAAUUAUAGGAACUUGAAUCCUUCACGAUGUUUGUGAUGUUAUUCUGAGUGUACAUCCACACUGGGCAAGUUGUGUGAAUGCACUCAGAGUAACAUCACAAACAUCAUAUUCACCUGAGUACAUAACACCAACUACACAGACAAAAAACAUUGAAUCCUUCCUGAUGCCGUUUCACUUUUUUACUGUAAGUUUUGGCUAUUUGUGUUUGUUGUAGGAGGAGUACUCACGAAAAAGAAGUGCAGGUUUAAAUAUUGAUACAAUGAAUGACUCUAUGGUCCACCCAGCCAGUGAACAUGUGGAAGAAUGCAUUAAACUAACAAUUCAUGGUGUUACAGAGCCGAGUGAUGAGAUUAAAAAAGAUCUAGUCAAUGUUUUCCAAAAACGUCUUGAUGACUAUACCUUAGAAAUGAUAACUAUUGCUCUGUCUAGGAAUCCGAACACAAAAUUGGCUUUACAAGACGUCCAGGUAAGAUUGAUUGCUUGUUGUGAAAGUGACGAUUUGAUAGGAUGGCGUUUUGUCAGUAUUAAUUUGUGAAAUGUUGUACAAUACGUUACACUACAAAAUAUCCAUCAUAUUGAAGCGUCAUCGUUGCCAUAGAAAAGGCAGCUGUGAAUGCUUGUGAGGAAUUUAUUCAGAUUUGUUCUGCAUAAGUAAAAUACUAUCUGGAGAAAUUUGUAUAGGAAAUAAUUACACGGUUCGAGAAGUAUUAAAUAAAAAAUCGCACGCGUGUUUGGCGAAAUAUUUAUAAUACUGCGAAAUAUUUAUAAUACUGCGAAAUAUUUAUAAUAAUAAUUUAUUGUAAUUUCCUAUUAAUAUAAUUUUAGUCAAUUUUACACGAGCAAUCAAUGGCAAGAAAUAUUGUAUUAAUGUAUUCAAGCGAACACAGCCAUACGCGCCUCAAUUUUGAGAGUAAUUUCUGACAUUAAUUUUCAAUUCAUACUGUACCUGUGAAAACUGUAACUAAUCUUUAUUUUUUCUUUGUCUUCUUUAUUUGAACAUAAAUAUUAAGUGUUCAAACUCAGAGAAUAUAAAUUUUUAUGUUGUUCAUUUAGAUUUUAUGUUUAAAUUUCUGCACUCACAUGAGCGUACGGAAUGCACGCGGGCUUGUAUUGUUCUCACACCUGUGCGAUUAAUGUUUAAUCGGCACAGUUUUUAACCAAUCAAAAUAGAGUAAAUUGACUAUGCAAUUACAUUAUAAUCUAAAUUCCAAAUGGAAAAUUUUAAUUUUCAACUUAAAAGUUGAUUGUUGAUUUUCGACAGUGUUGGAUACGAAUUUCAAACCCAAUCCAACCUGAGCCAAUCCCGAACAUAGUGUUGAAACGAGGCCAACAAUAAGGAUUAUAAACCUUCAUGUAAAUAAAUGGCAAGAGACAAUGCCUCAUGUGUCUCAUUGCUUUUCUUAAUGAUACUAAAAGUUCGCCUCACUAUUCUAUGAAUACAUCUAGCACACGACUGAUUACGAUACAUUAUUCAGUCAUCAUCAUACAUCUCUAACUUUAUGAGAGAGUGCUGUGGAUUGACAGCGAGACAACUACCUGAAAAUAAAGCAGAUGUAUAUUCAAGUAGUUUUAUCAUUUUUUCUGUGUUGGUGUUGUGUACUCAGGUGAUUAUGAUGUUUGUGAUGUUACUCUGAGUGUAUAUCCACACCGGGCGAGCUUGAAAAAUAUGCCCGGCCACGGUGGGAAUCGAACCUACGACCUUUGGAAUACUAGCCCAAUGCUCUGCCAACUGAGCUACGCGGUCAGGACGGUUCGAGUAAGUGAUAUUUCGGAACAGAAUAUAGUUCCUUCAAUACCAGUGUUUAUCACUUUCAAUCCGCGGCUGUCUUGGUAUCGUCACUAUACCUAUACUCGCACAGACCGUUCUCUGAUUUUAUAAUUGGAGUUGGUUGGUUUAUCUUAUUGCGUGACAGUUGCGUGGUUAUUAUAUAUUUUUUGGGUUUCGAUGAUGUCAUGAUAGACAUUUAUAAACUUUUAGAUAUUGAAACAAAAAUAGUAUUAUUCCACCGCUAACUAAUUUCAACUUACUGUAUGUAUAUUUUUAGUUUAUUCAACCACCUGGAUCUCCGCCAUCUCCAUUGAUUCAACUGGUGCUUCCAUCUUUUGCUGCAAAAAAUCUUCAUCCAUUUGCAUUUUUCUUUAAACAACAUCUUCUCAACUACCUACACACGCCCAAAUAUACGACACAAACAGAAAAUUAUCAUUUCAAGAAGUUUCGAGUUAACGAGGCUUGUUCACAAACUGUACCAGAAAAUGACGUGUUUAUAUUCACCAAGUCCACCUUUACUACAGGAGGAAAAGGUUAGUCCACUGUUUAUACCGUUGUUGUUGUUUGUUUGUAUUGUUCUUCUAGAUUAUUAUAAACAAAAUGUUUUAUUUUGUCUAACAUUUUGGUUAGACAAAAGACUUGACAAAGGACUUGACGGUUUAUUGUUUGUGCUCAUCUUUCGUCAGGUGCAUGAUUGCGUGGUUGUUUUCGCGUGCUUUGACAUUCUGUGCAGUUGUUUUCUGGUUUAGUUUUGGUAAAACAUAGUUCGUUGCUAUGGCUACACACGAAAUUCACUCUGAAACAGCCUAUUGUGAAAUUCACUCUGAAACAGCCUAUUGUGAAAUUCACUCUGAAACAGCCUAUUGUGAAAUUCACUCUGAAACAGCCUAUUGUGAAAUUCACUCUGAAACAGCCUAUUGUGAAAUUCACUCUGAAACAGCCUAUUGUGAAAUUCACUCUGAAACAGCCUAUUGUGAAAUUCACUCUGAAACAGCCUAUUGUGAAAUUCACUCUGAAACAGCCUAUUGCUUUGCGUAGUUGGUAAAGAAGCCGCUGAUCCCCAUGAGGCCCCAUGCAACGCUUAUAAACCACAUAGAAUGGCGCGAGAUGGCGUGGGCAAGUCGCCACGUCAGAUCAUAUAUGUAAGUUCUUUCGCUAAUAUUCCCACGUAGCUAAUAUUCCCGCGGGCACGAAUGGUCAAGCGGGUUUGUUCAUAAAGCAACGUUUUGUUUUCGCAAUUCUUGUAUAAGUGAUUUUGUUUGGAAUAAUAUAUCGAGCCGCCUUAAAUCACUUUGUAAAAAUAAUCACUGAUAUUUUAAACAUCUGAGUGUAAAACAGACCACUGCACGAUAGACAUGAAUGUAAUUCUGUCUUCGUCUUGUACGCACGUUGAUUGUGUUUUUGAUUUUCAAAAUACGUUUUAACGCGUUUUAGAUGCUGGCAAGUGCUGUUAAACUGUAGAAUAUUUUCUGUAGAAUAUUUUAUAUUAGAUUAGAUUACAAACUUUAGAUUACAAAAGAACGAAACGUUAACGCGCAUAAACUAUUAUUAUCUAUUUUUUUAUUUACAUUGACCUUUGCCCAAAAAGCUAAAUUUGCUUAACAAAAUACAAUAUUAUCAGAAGUACUACUUUUUCACUUCAUUUUAUUGUGAUCGACGCUAUUUCCACGCUAUUUCCAUGACACGCGUUGAGACCAUAGAUAUUAUGGUUGAGACACCUGCAGGCCUCAAUAUCUCAAUACUAUGUCCCAAUAUAUCCUAUAUAUUUGAUGUUUUUAUUUAAUCUAGGCGUGGCGUGCAUGUCUGUGAAUAUUGCUGAUUCUCGUGGAAAUGCAUUACAAAUCAAACCAGAACAAAAGGAGAUUGGUUAUUUGAAUAAGAAAAUGAAAUCCGACAUGGAGGAGAUUACCAUGGUUAUCACUCCUGAAAAUCCUCAUUCAGUGCCAGGUAUGAGUACGAUUAUUAGACCUAAAAGGACGGUGUCAAGGCGCUGACUGGCUGCUUCUUUUACGGGUUUGAUUUACGGCAAAAAUCAUAUGUGGCGGCAAUUGUCACAGUAAAUACCAUCGCUCAACAGGUGACACUGUCACCCACUAUCAUACUGUACGACACUAUUCUUGGGUCUGCACCAAACCUCUAUUUUUUUACGACCUCUCCUAAGCGGACACACGGAUAAUCCCAAAUAGCAUUAUAGUCUCCUGUCUGAGGACAGUUUUAUUGCUGUGCUUUUAGCCAAUUAGCAUUUUUGUUUAUUCCUUUUUGUGGCUAGCCCGUUCGUAGCCACAAUGUAAAGCUGAACGAAGGAUGUCAAGAUGUGACGGAAAUUGUCGUCAACUUCGGAAACUGUCGUUCAUGACAUGAGAUUGCCUGCGAUCAGGCCUGAAAUAAAUAAACAUCGAUCAGUUUGAGCAACACUGCAGUGUGCUUUGGAAUUGGAAAUUUGGUAUUAUAUGUUCAAUAUUUCAUCAAACAAAACAACGGAGAUAAAGAUAAACCAAUUGUCGACAAAACAUCAAAGAUGAAGGUAUAUCAAUGUAUAUCAUCGCUAUUUUGGUUGACAUUUCGGUAAUGUUACUAAACAGCACUAUUAUUAUUUGAAAGUGUACCGUAUUAAUUAAACCUGCUAUACAUUUGGUGACUAUAACUGAACACUCUUUUCAUAUUUAAGGAGUGAAGCUUUGAUAUUGAAUUCACCACUAAACAACUAUUGACAAUAUUACUGAAGUAUAGCGUUUAAAGUAGAAACAAUCAAAGUAUCAAACAAAGUAGUUACUGAUAUUUUCUUUAGAAUAUUCUCGACAUAUUUCAAGUUGGUUUUUAGCAAACCAUAUGUUUGUUUCACUUAUAAGUGGCAUUCCUUUUAUAUGUACUUUAUAGUAAGAUUUUUAUAUUAAUUGGAAAGUUGUGUAUAUUAAUUGGAAAGUUGACAGAACAUUAAUUAAAUCAUGAUUGAAUAUUUUGAAGUAUAUACUAUUAAUACGGUAAUAUGGGUAUUAUCAUUGCAGGUAAUUGCAGUAGCAGACUUGCAUAUACAUUCUUUUCAUGCAUGUUAGCCAUAUAUUAAAGAAAAUUAAAACAGAACCAGACACAGUACUAAAAUGCGGUGCUCGCCUAUACAAAUAAAACUUUCGGCGUUUCCGCCUACAUGCACAAGUAAAGUUAUAUUUAGCACGCUACACAUUUUCCUGUCGGCCGCCAGUUGGUCCAUACGUUAGGAUCAAAACUGCGUUUUAAAGCCUUCAAAAUAAAAUAUUUUGAGCUCAAAAUACUACCAAAAUGAGGAGAAAAGUGAGACGAAUCCACUUGCAUAUGGCCGAAAACGAGAAAACCAACAAUUCCGAAGUUAUCAAGGAUCAAACGGACUGCAUUUUUAUAAUUAGUUUAAUCAUUUUGAGCGAUUUGUCAACAAUACAAUUUCGCUUAUUAAAACUGUACAUUAAAACCUUCAAAUUAUAAUAUUUUGGGAUCAAACUACUAACAAAAGAAAAGUGAGACGAAUCCACUGGUAUACGGCCGAAAAAGAGAAAACCAGCAAUACAAAAGUUAUCAAGGUCAAAUGUAUUGCAUUUUUAAUUAGUUUAAUGAUAGCAGCCCAAAAAUGCGUGUUGAAAUUUUUACCCUCGCGCUUGGCGAUCGGGCAUGCAUCGAGUCUACUCAGUUUAUUAUUAUGACUGAAAACACUCGCCCGUCGGGCAUCGUGUUUCCACAAAACUCAUUAUAGUCUUUAUAUAACUUUAUAUCAACGCAGAAAGAUGUUUUAUAAUUCUUAAAUAUUCACGAUACCGCCAUAAUUUUUUUAAAUUCAACACAAUACAGACAUUGGGCUGCUGUGUUGUGAUAUGAAUUCCAAUUUUCUCUCCUAAAGGAGAGGCUAGCCACAUGUACGCAGUGCGUACCUAUUUUUAUUAUAUAAAGUAUAGUGCUUUAUAGAGAUUUCGAGCACUGAUAAAAGUGAUAAUCUCACAUGUGAGAUUAUUCAUGAUAAUCUCACAUGUGAAAAUUAUCGCUUUUCAAAUAUCGCUUUUCUGUACAAAUUAUUGCCUUUCAAAGACUGUCCUUUAUAUAAUAAACAGAAAAAUACAAAAUACCAGAUUUAUUUCUCGUGUUGAACAUGAUAUCUAACUCGUUCGCUGCGCUCACCCGUGGGAUAUCAUGUUCAACACUCGAAAUAAAUCUGGUAUUUUCGCGCACCCAUGUAUUAUUCUCUAUGUAACCUUUGAUUCGUCCAAUAGACUGCAUUGUCUACUGCACUCUUGACCCAAUCACCCCGUUCUCAUGUGGUUAUUUCCUCAUGUUUCGUGGGCAAUUAUAGUUUAAGAAUAAGUUUGUGAUUGGGCUCAAGAUCAAAGAGAAACAUAUUCAUGCACGAAAUAUGGGCAUAUAUCCUUCAGGUUGCCUGCAAUGCCAAUGUUCAAACAGGCAAACAUGAAAAUGAGGCUAUUGGGGCAAGAGUGCAUGCAAAUUAUUAAACAGUAUAGUCUAUUAUGUUUUUUAUGUUACUCUGAGUGUGCAUCCACACCAGGCAAGCUGAAAAGUUAAUUGCUUGGCCACGGUGGGAAUCGAUUCCCACCGUGGCCAAGCAAUUAACUUUUCAGCUUGGCCGGUGUGGAUGCACACGCAGAGUAACAUCACAAACAUCAUAUUCACCUGACAAUAUUGAUGGUUUCACAAGAUAAACUAGGUUACUUCUCUAAUAUAUGUACUAAUAUGCUUAAAAAGCGACCCAUCUUAUGAGUUCAUUGGCGAAGUAAUUUUAAAAAUAAACAUAGUCUAAGCCGAGAAAAUCAAAGCUAAAGUUUAUGUAAAUCAGGACAAUUCUUUAUCCGAUUUACAAACAUUAAUUAAACAUUCAUUUCUUUUGUAUUUUCCUCGUGAAUUAUUAAAGAGUUUUUUAAAGAUACACUACAUAAUUGAAAAUUAGACUUACAAAUCAAAAUCUUUACUAUUAAACUUUUUUACCAUCAAUACGUCAUUUUGAUACGAUUGGUUUCGGUGUACAUAAUGUUUCCAUAUUUAUUCUAGAUAAUGCAAUUGUGAUUGAAAUAUCAGUCUGGGAGCGGGGUGAUGUUAGUAUGACACAACUGAAAGAAAGAUUAAUAAAGUCUGUUCGUCAUGCUUUGUGUGAUGUACUCAUGGAGUAUUACUUACUGACAGCCUCGUUUUCAUACAUUCCUGACCGAUAUCUGAAGCCGUCGUGUAAAAGUGCUCGUCACAAAAAUCCUCAUAAACCUUCGCCCGUCGUGGCUACUCAUCGACGGACACCAUCCGCUGGUUCACUUGGCUGUGGGCGCACACAUAGUCCUAAGCCUCAACCACCACGCACCAUCAGGUCACUAUCAACUUCACCAAUUUGGCACGUACCACCAUCCUUUACUGUAUUUAAGGGUAAAACGCCGGAAAUUCUGACCACACCUCCAAUGUCAGACCCCUCACAGAAAAAUUGUAACAAGAAUAUUUCAGAGCAUACAGAUGGUGGCGAGUCAAGAACUAAAGAACCAAUUCUAUCGAUUCCUUCAGACAAAGAAUCGAAACAUCGUAGUAACAGCGAGGGAGGGGUAGCGAGGAAGAGUAGUACACACUUUAGACCUAUUGGUCGUUCAUUUUCUAACCCUAACCCGCCAGUGCUUGAGACUCAAAGUGAUGAACCUAAAAGUGGGAGAUUUUCUCCCUACGAGACUUUCACUGAGAAUGAGUUAACAGAAUCAAAAGAGUUUGGAGAGGAAGCUGUAAACGCCAACAAUCGGUAUACGUCCGGGAAAAGUUGGAAAAAGUCAUCGGAAUCCGACCUUGGUACGGAGAUGAAGGAACGAGAACUUAGGGAAGAAAGAAGGAAAUACGAAAACGGAGAGCAGGGAAAAUUACAUCCCAGGUAAGACAGUCAACUGAACGUCAACAGUACUGUAGACCAGCGUGAUUUUUAGCCCAUAAUAAAACAACAAAUGAGAGGCCUAGAUAUAGGGAUGCAACUACCUGAAAAAUACCGGGUGUCCCAAAAAAAAGUACUCCUGUUUGAUUUGUAAUAACUUCUAAACGAUUUUGAUAUAUUACAGUUGUAUUUUACUUAAAAAUUCACGGAGAUAUUAAUGUUCAAAAUCGGAAGCAUAUUUUGGGAUGUGUCUAAAAUUAGCGAAAAUCGGCAUAUCAAAUAUUAACUCCAGCAUUUGUUUGCUUAAUGACAUAUCAGGCUAACUUGUAUUUCAGCGAAUUAUCGUUAGGGUUUGUCUAGGGAUAUGGCGUAGAUUUAGACAUCUUACAUGUAAGUCUUAGCUCAUUGUUUUCUGAAAUAUGAACGUUCGAAAUUAUGCAAGUAUUUAAUAUUAGGUCUUUACAAACUUAAAAGUACAUGAAAGACUGACCAUGGAAGGCAGACGCUUAAAUUUUUCUUAAAUAGCCUAAUUUUUUUAUGUUUUUAAUGGGUUCAAACAGACUGAGUUGAUUAUUUCUCGGUUAGAGCAGGAUGAAUAUUAUUCUUUAUUGAAGGAAAUAAUAUUGCUUUUUGCAAAUACACAUCACCGUAUAUCAACGCUACUAUUUUGUUACGUUUUGUUCCAAAAAUGUUGCAUGUCUCUGGGGAGUUGCUUAAUUGUUAUGUCUUAUGGAGUUAUAUGGUUUGAUUGUGUUUCAUAUAAUUCUCAGUUUACUCUGAACUUGCCAAGAUUAAGAAAAUGCAAAAGAGUUUGGGUGUUCUUAACAAGAUUUCAGAACGUUGCAGAAGUUAGAAGAGCUUCACAAUUCCAUUGUGACAGCAUGCCCUAAUUCAGAACAACGAUCGAUCCAUGACGAUCCUUCGCGAUGCAGCUAGUGGUCUCAUGAAAUAAGGAAACGUAUUCGUGCUAGGAACACACGCGAAUUUGGACGAAUAAAUCUGCUUGUAUUUUGUAGAUAUAAUAAUACUUUCUUUCAUAAUAAACAAUUUGUCAAGUGUCAUUUAUUUACUGGUAAUAGUGCAUGUUUCAGUCGGGCAAAUCUUGAUUAAUAUUUGAUACGCCGUUUUUUUGCAUAUUUUAGACACAUCCAGAAAUAUGCUCCCGAUUUUAAAGAUUAAUAUCUCCGUGAAUUUUUAAGUAAAAUACAACUGUAAUAUAUCAAAAUCUAAGUUAGUCCUUUCUCUAUUUGAUGCAAGUUAUUUCUCUUUAAAAGCUUUACUUGUUUAGAAGUUAUUACGAAUCAAACAGGAGUACUUUUUUUUGGGACACCCGGUACAUGGAAAACUUCCACGUUUCGAGCGAAGGCCCUUCGGUUCGCUAGUAACUCCAGACGAAGGGACUUCGCUCGAAACUUCGAAAUUCUUCUUAUAUAUUUUCAGGUAGUUGCAUCCUUACCAACGAAAGCUUGUUCAUUUUAUUGGCACUACCUACACUGGCAAACAAGAUUAAUGUAAAGUAUAUAAAGGAGUUACCGUUGUUUCCUAUAUUUCAUUAAAAUACUUAGUACUCUGCUAAUUUAUGCAAUCCUUGGCGUCUCUUAAUCACGAACACCAUUAUGUUAGUACAUGAAGAAUACUCAUACACUGCAUUUUGAUUCCAUUAGUGAUCCGAGACUAGCACAAAAUACAAUCCACUGGAACCCGCUCAAAUUGGUACAAAACCUUCUGAGUGACGCUUGCGAGCGAGUCGCACUUUAUUGCCACCAGGAAGCUCAAUUCUAACAACCGCAAGCAUGUUAACGACUGUUUCGUUUUUCUGUUAAGUUUCCAAGGCCCAGCUCAAGAGCUCAUGCAGUUUGCCAGAAAUCUUGACUCGCCUUCCAUACACAUACAAAAUGAAACAUUACUGACUCGAUAUUCUGUUGAUGCUGUGCUUUAUGAAUUGAUGCAUUUGGUGAAAAAUCUUUCUCCAGACUUAAACUCCAUAAUAUACCGCGCUGUCCCAAGGUAAGAUGACCACUUAGACAACAUUUCACCAAUAGAUGAGUCGGGAAGCCGAAUUAUCUGAAAAUAGAUAACUGCGUAUUAGUACAGCCCUUAAUAUGCAAUAUUUCCCGAAUAAAUGUCACAAAUCGUUUAUGCUAUAUGCAUGGAUGCUCUUUCAUAGUACAUAGACUACAUAUUUAGUUUAGGCUUAAACAUGCUGAAGAACUGCAUGAGAGAUAUCUGUCCAUGCCCUAUUUCCAUGACCCUUGAAAUAUAUGGAUAAACUAUGUUUUGUUAGAACGCUGCCCACAACAGUUGUUGCCACAACACUUUAAACACAAAAUGUAGGCCACCUUUCAACCCCUUGUUUUGUCAUUUUUGUGUUUUUAAGAAAUCUAUGAAUCACAAAUGAACCAGUAAAGAAACUAUUUUUCUUUGUUUUUUUUUUAUUUUUAGCAGUCCCCAAUCUUCAUGUGAUUCUUCUGAGCUCCCAACAAUCCAGUAUGUCCUAUACGAUCCUAUUAGACCCCCAUUGCUGGUGAGUAGGAUGUACUUACUAUUUCUCAUUGAUGGAGUCUCAAGCAUUUGUUGCAAUUAUUAAUUGUGGGGUGAAUGGGUUGUUGUCGUGUCUUUUCUGCACGUUCACAAUUCACUUACAAUCAUGUUUCUUAUUUUAAUCAUGUUUUUUCGUGUUCAAAAUGAUUAAAAUGCAAAAGCAGUCCCUAUACCUUACACCUGAUAUGCCGGUUACAUGCAUCAUCCUGACCUUUCAUGUUCAUGAAAGUUGGUGUACAUACUGUACAUACAAUAUUUAUUAGUUAUCCCAACAGGGUUUUUCUAACUAUAAAUAAAUAUUUUUUAGCCAGUGAACGUUUGAAACUCUAUCUUCGUAUCUAACAUCUUUAAAUACAAAUUUUCUCUUCAAUUUUCAGGCAAGUGAUGAUAAAGAAACGUCUGUAGACAAAAGCGGUUCUUACAUGACAACCUCAGCAAGACCUGCUGCUUCAUUUCUCUUCAUUUCACGAAAUGUUACACAGUGGAGACAUAAUUUGCAAAAAGUGCAGGGUAAGUCUUUCUUGGACUUUAAAACAAACCCACCUCGAUGGAGCUUUCUGUUAUGCUGA